ACCUAUCCAACUUCCCAUUCAAACCAGUGGCCCACCGAAGUAGUCCGUAAUUUUCUGAUUUUCGCGUAGACACUAUGUUACAUUAUUUCACGUUCGUUCGAUUCGAAAAAAUAACAAUAGCCGAAUUGGAGUUGUUAGAUCAUUUUACGAUAAUCGUAAUAAUUAGUAAAGACCGGAGAGCCCGUAUACAAAGAAAGUGGCUCGUUAGUAAACAAGUAAAUACUAUAGUAUAGAUUAUGAUUAUUUAUUGGUUAUUACCGUCUAAUUUGUUUUUUGAUAAAACGAUUAGAAAAAAAAGGACAAUAGUAAUUAAUUUUAAUGAUUGAAUUGUCGUUGCAUUAAUUUUACCCGUGUUUAAUUAAUUUAAAUAAAUGAUAAAUAACGCGCGAGACGAGUGCUUUUUGUUUUUCUCGAUCGAUCACACUUGUCGCUGUAUUCUUUUUCGAAACCUUCGAGUGUUGAUGAAGCAAUCCGAUGACCGAGACGGCAAAAUAUCGCAUACAGGUAUUAUCGUAUCGUACACCUAUUGCAUAUUUGUGUUCAGUUAAAUUAUUAGGCUUCAAUAGAUAUCGUGUGCGAGUUCGGCAGUUAAUUUGAUUUCACUUUGCCCCGUACCCAUACACGUUAAUCACCGACAACUGUUGCGACGGUCCCGGUUUUGGCAGUGUAAAGUUAUCACGUCGGUAAACCGUUUGAUGCGUAUACCUUUUUUUUUAUUAGCCAAUGACGUUAUCAGCUUGAAUGCACAAAAGUAAACGGGUCCUCGCCGACAUCGUAUUACUGUUAUAUUUUUUAUUGCCAUUUUGAUAUCUCUAUUGUAGACAUAAGUACCUACUUAAGUCCACCUCCGCGUACUGUAUCUGAUGAAUACCCACUAAUUAUCAUUUACGGUCGAAUCAAAAGGUGAGCAGUAUACUGUAUAACUUAUUUAAUAAUUUGCAACCUACUUUUAUGGUUAUUUCCUAUUAGUUCGAGGAGGCUAUAUACUUACAUAGGUACAUUUUCAGACAGCUAAACCAACUAUGGAUAUGAAAUACCGUUCAAUUAUUAUAGGUGUUGGUGUUAGCAGUGGAGUGUUUAGGGUUUUUGCCAAGAAGUGAGAUAGGUACUGAAUUUUGCAAUAUUUUAUUAUAAUGACAAGUACGAAAAUAAUGUGUACAGGUAUUUAGGCUAAAUCAAAAAAAUAGAUUCAAUUUUAAAUUUAUAAUUUAAUAUGCCCUAACAUUAACAUUGAAAUAUUAUUAUAUUAUAACUCUUUUAAAUAAAUGUCAAGAUGGAGGGUGUAUCUAAUGAAUUAUCUGUGAUUGAUUAUAAACGGUGAAUAUGAUUCAGCACUUAUAUUAUAUACCUACUGGGUAAUUUAACUUUUAAUCCUGAAUGCUAAUAUAAAUCGAUGUAAACGUAUCAACGAUUCUGAGCGAAGUAGUAAUGUUAUAUAUAUAUUUUCUUUGUUGAUUUUGAGAUGAGCUCUGUAAUCUGGGAAGGUGUUAAUUGUUUUUUCCCGUGUUAGAUAACCAAAAUCAACAAAACGUAACUACUCGUGAAUCGUCAUUUGUUUUUAAUUUUAUAGAAAAACUGUUGAGAAUUUAGACCAAUAUUUGAAACAAAUUAUUGCAGUUCAAAAAAUGCACAUGUUUUAAAGUACGAUGGAAAGAAUUUUGCGUAUUUUUACUAACGAAAAAUGUUUUUUAGAGAAAAAAAAAAUAUCUUAAUAAAAAUAAUAGAUAAAGCGUGUAAAAAGUAUAAAAAUAAUCUAGUUAGUAUCUACUUAUAGUUUUUAAAAUAUAUUACUAUUUGAUUCAAACAUUAUAAAUUAUUACGUAGGGUUCUGUAAAAAAAUGCCAAAUUUCUGGAGGGGUUAUAAGUUAUAACUUAACCAUAAUUAACAAAACAAACCUCCUCCCCCUGGUUGCGCCAUUGAGUAUAAGUAUCUAAUUUUCAAAUAAACUAGCAAAUAUAAAUUAAAAAUAUACACUCUUUGGAGUAAGUAGGGCUCUAAUGCAUUAUAGAUGAAUAAUAUAUUUAUUUAUUUACCCCUCAAGUCCUCGACGGACAAUUUCAUUAAAAAAAUUAUAGUGCCUUAGAUGGUAUCUAGUAAAAAGAAGUUAGAAUUAAAAAAAAAAAAAUUUCGAUACAAACUCCUUGGCAUAAUGGUAGAUACCUAAUGUAUACUUAUGUCGCUAGAGGGCACCUCACAUUAUCAAAUUUAAUAACAGUGUUUUUUUUUCACUUUGUAAACACACCAAUAUGUAAACAUUCAACAUAGUCUUUUUUUUUUUCUGUAAAAAUGACAACUCAAUAUGAUUAUUUAAUUUGUAAAAUUUGUCAAUAACUCAUAAUUUGACACCAAUGAGUUUGAAAAUUAUUCAAUAUAUUCAUUUGCCAAAGGUAUACCGCCACUAAGACUGAUUGAAAAUUUGAAAUAUGUUUCCAAAUUAUAAUCCGGUUAUUCAGACUCUUUUUGGAACUUUGUUCACAUGGGGUUUAACAGCUAUUGGAUCCAGUUUAAUUCUGGUGUUCAGUGGAACACAGGUAAAUAUUAAAUUUUUAAAUAUAAUAUACUAAUAUUAUUAUUAUUGUUAUUGAUAUGACAUAAAUGUUGCAGAGGAAACUGUUGGAUGGCAGCUUAGGUUUUUCAAGUGGUGUUAUGAUGGCUGCAUCAUAUUGGUCUCUUUUAGCACCCGCAAUUGAACUUGCUGGACAAGAUAGUACAUAUGGGGAUAAUGGAGAGUAUGCAUUUUUUCCAGCACUUGUUGGUUUUUUGUUUGGUGCCUUUUUUGUUUACUUAUCGGAUGUUUUCAUAUCUUUAUACGAAAUGGAUGUACUUAAUAUUUUAAUACCAGGUAAACAUAUUUAUUAAACUAAAUUUUAUAUUAUGAUCGGAUACAAUUAAAACUGUAAAUUGAAUAAUAGUUAGGUAUAAUGACAAAAUAAAUUGUACUGACAUGUUAUGAAAUUGAUAUUAUAUUUAGGUAUAUUACUAGAGUAGGUAAAUUAUAAAGAACUUGUUUUUCAUGUAUUUAAGAAGUAAUGUUUACUUAGUAUUAUCAGUAAAUUAAAAUUAGUUUCAGCAUUUAAAUAAAAUAAGAAUAUUUUUACUUUUUGAAAUACAAUAGUUCAUUAUUUUUGUCAAACCAAUUUCUACAAUUUUUAUAUUGCACAAUAUUUAUGAUAACUUAAUGAAUUAAUGUAGAAAUUAUUUAUAUGUGUCUAUUACUAUUAUUAUAAUAAAUUGACAAAAAUAUUAAUAUUUAUUUUAAUAUUUUAGAAGCAAAUCAGUGUUCAAAGAAGAAGUUUAAAUGUGAUACCGAAAUUAGCAAUUCUUAUUAUACAAAUAAUGAUCAAUCAGUUGGAAUAACAGAUGGUAAUAGUAUUUUAUUAUUUAUAGUCAUGAUCAGUUCCUAAUUCUUAGAGUUAAGUAUGCAAUUCUGUAUUUUUUUUAAUUAACAAAAAGGUUUUACAAUUUAAAACAUUAAAGAUUAAUUAUACCCUACAAGUUCAUACAAUUAUCAUUUCUUUUUAUAAUGUUUCAAUUACUGAAAAUAUUUAAACAUCAAAGUAUUAAAAAAUAAAUUACCAAGUAACAACGGUUAAUUGUGAUUGAGACGUCAUGAAGACGAAGAGUCACUGGAAAACACAUUAAUAUUUUUUUCCAUUUAAAACUGUACUUGGGUCAAUUUGUGUGGGACAGAUAGUAUUUUGUAUAUACUUUAUACUAUUACUUAGCAAUAGAAAGAUUCCUAAAUUAAUAAUACAUUGUUUUCUUAUUAAAUUAAAUCAUAAUAUAUAUGUACUUAUAGAUUUAAAUUUUUUUAGAGACUUCAGAAGCAAGACUGCGCUGCUAUAAAUCUACCCAUCCGCCACCAGAAUAUACCGAAAUAGAAUGUGAUAAUGAUGUUAAACCAUGCAGUUGGAGACGGAUACUUUUACUCAUAAUUGCUAUAACUGUGCAUAAUAUUCCUGAAGGUCUUGCUGUUGGCAUAGCGUUUGGAGCUGUUGAUUCAUCGCCGUCAUCUACUUUUAAUAGUGCCAGGUAAAUGAUACAAUUCUAUUUUUUAAAUAUAUAUGUUUAUUCAUUAUUAUGUCAAAUUUUAAAGAUAUGCUAGUAUUCUUCAAUAACAAAUCUGAAUGAAAUUAAUUUGAAACACAUGUUAUGGCAACACAUCUAAUUUUGUAUUAACAGUUUAUAUUAUUUAAGAGGAUAUUUUACUUAUAUUUGUUCUCUUACUAAUGCAUAACAAAGCAAAACAAUGUUACUAAGUACAAAAAUUAGUUGUACAUAUAUUGAAAUUAGAGUUUAAAUACAAAUAACAUAUUUUAUAGAGGGAAAUAUUUCCAAGGGCUGUAAUUAGAUUUUUUCUAAAAAAAUAUCUAACAAAUAAGUUAUGGUGAUGUUAUUUUUAUUUUGCUAUGUUUGUUGGUUGGACUGAGUUAAAAAAAUGCUGGUAUAGCGUCCUCUAAAUUUAAAUUUGUUUAUGAAUAUCAUUCUUAGAGUUAGAGUAAAUUUGAGGUACUGAGUGAGAUAAUAUCCUUAUUCCACUUCUUGUCAAUUUCACAACUGUCAUUAGGUAAAACUUAUGUUAAAGAAAGUGAAUUUGAAUUUAUUUUUGAAUUGUAAUAUAUUAUAACAAUAAUAUAACAAUAAUAACAAUAAUGAUAUAUAAUAUAAUAUUCAACACGGUUGAUAUAUUUGUAACAUAAUUAUAAUUAUUCACAUUAUACACACAAUUAAUUAUAUUAUACAAUUAUGGCUUAUAUGUACAAAUUUUGUAAAGAACAUAAUUUUACUAUAAAAGUAAGUUAUGAAUUAAUUUGAAAUUUAGAUCUGAAUUGAAUGUUAAGAAUUGAUUGAUAUGAAUUUGUAAUUUUAAUUGAUUUUAUUUUGCUUCUUUAUUAAUCUAAAUUUUUAUUGUUGCACAUAUUAUUUUAGAGUCAGUAGAGUAAACUUACUGCUAGUAUAGAACACAAUUUUUCAAUGUCUAAUACAUCUUUCUACUGAAUGUUCUUUAUCGCUAUGUGAAAAAUAUUGUCCUGAAUACUUACUAAUAACACUGAUACUUCUUUGAGGAAUUUAACGGUUUUACGAUUAUAACAUUAUUUAAUUAUAAAAAAAAAAAUCUCCUGUGUGUAUCGCUUGUGUGUUUACAAGAUAGAAAAAUAUUUAUAUUAAUCAUAAAAAAAAAUAUGCUCAAAAUCUAAAAUAAUGAAUACUUGGUCUUGGAAUCAUGGGCAUAGUUGUUAUGAUACAAUUUGAAUAGCAUUUAUGUUAAAAUGGCAGCUAUAAAGAAUUUUGUUAACACCUUUUUUCCUUUGCUGUUUCGUAUAGACAUGUAAUAUUAUGUGAAGUAUUGGUUUUUAUUUUAUAUCUAUGGUGAAACUUUUUAAUGAUGUUACAAAGCUUGAUUUUUAAGGCCUUAGCGAACCUUAAACAAAUUUUUCUUUUAUAAAAUAAUUCCAAAUCCGAAUUGCACUUCAAAAAAUUUUAACUAAUUUUAAAAACUAAGUUCAAAAUGUAUUCGUUCAAUAUAUUGCACUAUUCAGAAAAACAUUAACAUAAUCAACCUAAUUAUGUGAUUUGAUGGCAGAAGUUGAAUUUAUAUGUGCCUAUUUAUGUAAUUUAAUAUUUAUGAUAUAUUAUAAUAGUUAUAAUAAAAGGACCUGAUUCAAUGCAAAAUUAAUUUUUUUCCAAGUAAUUUGAGGAUAGUACUUUCCAAGUACAUAAUUUGAUUCAUGUAAUAGAUACUUAGACAUAAUUACUAAUUGUUCAUUUUUUUGUCAUUUUAUGUGGGUAUUAGUUCAUUACACGGUAUUCUUUUAGGGUAGUUUAUCUAUUUUUGGAUUGUUUUUAAGGCUUAUAAAUCUAGGAUUUUUUUAGUGAGUAACAGUUUUUAAGAUCGGCCCUCAAAGCAUAUGUAAAGUAUUGAAGAAAAGCGGUAGUAGUAUAAUUUUGUAAAUUUUUAGGAGAGCAAAAACAAAGUUGGAUUCCUUUUUUUUUCACCGGUAUACCUAAUCUUGUCUACCCUUUUAAUAUUAGCAAAAAGAAAUCUUUUUUUCACUGAAUCAAUUUGAACGUUCAAUACUACUAAUGUGCUAUAGAAUCAAACCAUAAAAUCAUAAUAAAAAAAAAUUGGAUUACUACCAUUUUUUUCUGUACCCUCUAUCUGUCCAUGUCCUCUGCUGUUUCCUUCCAUUAUGCUCUAGAUUCCACUGCUCUUAUAUCUCUGAUAUCACAGUCCUUUCAUCUUAGACAGAGUUUUUCGAAAACAACUUUUUUAUUGGUUGUUUUCCUACAGGGUUGUUUUCAAUUAUGUUCCUUAUUAUUGAACCCUGUUUUCUCCAUGCAUGUCCUACCCACUACAGUUUUCUUACUGAGCUUCCUAAGGAGCUUUUAUAUUUUUAGUGUGUUGUAAAAGGUCGGAGUUUUUGAUUAUGUCUUUUCUCCCACUCAGUGGUUUGAUUAUCCUUGUGUGGUCCAAAAAUGUUUCUUAAAAUUUUCCUUUCAAAAACAUCUAGCUUUAUUUCUUCUGUUAAUCUGAGAGGCCAUAUUUUCAAUCCAAACAGUACCAUUGGACAUAUUAAUGCCAUUUAUAUCUGAACUUUUAAAUUUUUUGAUUUACUUUUUAACUUAAUAAUUUUUCCAAACCAUAGUAGCAGUUAUUAAAUUUGUUGAGUCUAGUAUUAACUUACUUUUAUGUCAUUAUUAUUGGUUAGUAUUGGUUAUAAAUAAUUAAAAUGAAAUACUCCCUUAAAACUAUAUUUUUCUAGUUGCAUUAUCUCAUUUUAUUGGAAGAUGAUUUCUUUUUUGUUCAGUAUUAUAUACAAUAUAAUAUUUAGUAUAGGGCCUUAGUUAUAAUUAUUAAUUAUUGUGUUACCAGUAUAAAAAGAAUAUUAAAAAAUACUGACAUAUCUAUUAAUUAUCAUACUUAUUAUUUUGUCAUCAUACUUCCGAAUAAUUGGUUAAAGUUACCUUAUAAAAUAAUUGAAAAUAUAAUUUAAUAUUAUAAAAAUGUAAUUAUAUUAGUAGGUAAAAUGUAAAUAAAAAUACAAAUUAUUAAUAUCUAUUUAAAUGUGAGUUUAGAAUACUAUUUUUUUUAUUCAAUAUGGUGACACCUUUUGCCUGCUGUAAAAAUUAAACUAAAUAAAAUAGAAUUUCAUUCAUAUUUAUUUUCACUAACAAAAUACAUUUUAAUGGUUAGAAUUGCAAAUCAAAUUUUGGAUGAUUCUGAUAAAACUGAUAACUCAGUUUGAUUAUUGGCAAUUUUCAGUUGAAUUUUCGUAACAUCACUAAAUUUUAAUUACAUUAAAUCGUGCGAAGUAUGACCGUUUGUUUAAAAUUGUUUUCAUGCAGCAGGCUUGUCUACUAUUGCUUUUUCUAUUUCAUUUAUAUUUCAUGUAAUUUGUGCCACUUUUUUGCAUUUUCGGGAUUAGUUAAAAGGCACUAUAGGUAAUAAUCACUUAUCAUUAAUCAAUUUAUGUCACUAGAUGCAAGUCGAGUAGAAUGAUAUUUUUAAUAGUGUAAAUUAAACACAAAUGAUGAUGGGUCCUACUGAAUAUUUUGGUUGGGCCGGUAUAAGGCUUGACACAUUUUAAGAUGGAACAGGCACACCCCGACCUCCCCUUGGUUACGUGUCAAAUUGCUCCUACUAACCUGAAUUUGGUUCAUCAAUGUUAUUACCCAUUUAAAAUAUUAUGUUAUAUUAUACAAAACAGGAUAUAUCUAUCUUGAUUUUGUUCUCAAAUGAAAAUAUCGAAUCACCGUUAUCACAUAUUAAACAGGAAACGGAGAAAAUUUAAUUCUGUUCUUUUAUAGCCAAUUAAUUCAAGUAUAUAGUUUGGUUAGGUUUAAUAUUACAAUCACACGAAACAUAAUAUAUUAUUUUAUGUCUUCAUAAAUAUAUUAGCUUCUAGGUAUAGGUACUUACGAUAUUACAAUCGCAUAAUAUUUUAAUAUUUAAACUGAAUAAAUAAACUAUAUAGCUGUUAGAUAAUCAGUAUCUUUAUAGUGAGAACAUAGCAGAAUACCCAUAGCAAUACGAUUAUCUUACGAAAUAAUCUUCCUGAUAUAGAUAUAUAUUUUUUUUUUUUCAAAAUAAUGGUGUUCUUUAGUAUAUUAUAAUGCAAUAAUAUAUUAUAUGUAAUAUAAUCGGCGUACACGAGUUAAUAAUAUUUUAUAACGAUUCCGAGAAAUUCGUCCGGUGAUAAAAAUAUACGAAUGCGUAACGUAAUAAUUAUAUUUUCGUCGUAUAGCAGUUUAAAGAUUUAUAGCUGCGCAAAAGGGGGGGGGGGAAAUGUAUAAAAACAUAUUGGAGGGCGAAGGGAUAUUAUGUGGGUGGUCUGUUCUUGGAAAAAGGGAUGUCUUCAUAUCGGCCCUCGUGGUGUAAUCAUCGCGUCCAAUAAAUGUACCCGAAUUCCGAGACCCUCGAGUUGUUUAUUUUCUCACGUUUUUAAAAUUCGAUGGUAAUAUUAUUUCAGAAAAUACAAUAUAACACGAAACGAAUGGCGAUGUUAUCAGGCUCUAGACUUUGUGCAUUUAAAAUCCACAGAAAAGCGCUUAAAAACAUUAAAAGAGCCCUUACAUUUUUUUUUUAAAUCAAAAAUGACAGAGGAUUCAGAAGAGUUUAAAAUUCUCACCCAUCCCCCCCUAUAACGACUCUACCAUGACCAUUAAAUGUAAUUUUUAAAUACUUACAAUUUUAAUUAAAAACUUGUGUUAAUUACUUUUUUAGUAUUCGACAAUUGUAUUUUAAAGUUAAGAGCUGUUAGAGGGUGGACUUUUAAAAAACACUCUACCCUUUUAUGUUUUUUUUAAGUGUGUUUUCAAGGAUUUUUCGACAUUUUUUUAUCACUUUUUUGUGAAUUUUAAGUUUAUAAAGUACCGAGCCCUAAUUAUAACUAAUAACAGGUAUCGCGCACCACUAUAUUAUACCUAUGGACAUUAAAAUGUUUUACAUUCACAAAACGCUACGUUUUUAUGUAUAUAAUAUAUAUUAUUAUUAUACUUAUAUUGGUAUUUUAUGAAUUAUUAUUGUUUUCAUUAUAAAAUCAAUUUGAAACUAUUUCGUUUUCAUAUUAUUGUUACGUACCCGACUGCCGUACAGAAAAAUAAUACCUACUCACUUACACUUUUAACACUAUUCAACUUACCAAUAGAGUACAGGUUCUUAACAUUCCUAUACGGUAACCACCCGCCGCGAUAUAGCAGACUUCCUUUCGGCAAUUUUAAAUGGUUCACCGCUAGACGUUCCUAUACUUCUUGACCUCUCUUCUCCGCCAUACCAUUUAGCGAGCCCUCCUACUGUUCUAGACGCCAAUCCGAAUUUGAAUCAUUAUGGACAUAAUCACACCGUGCAUCGCAUGCGGAUAACUUUUAAGUCGCGUUUAAAUAACUAUCCAAUUCAUUAAAAACGCUUUUAAGUUUACUUGUUUACUCCGUCUUAUCACGUGUUUGUAUUAUUGAAUAUUUUACUGUUUCUGAUUCAUAAUAUCUUAUUUGAUGUUAGUAUUAUUUUGCAUAUGGGUAUAAACUAUGUUAAAUUGCCCCUGUUGACGUUGAUAAUAAAAUAAAAUAAAUAAAUAAAACUCAUUCUAUAUACGUUUGCGAGUGGGUAUCAUUAACAUUAUUUCCCUUUGUUCAUAUACGUUGGUACCUAAAUAAAAUAAAACAUUCCUCGUCAUGAUGUUCAUUCAAAAAUACCAUUCUUAGAGACCAAAAAUUGUAAGAAAAAUCGAGCCACUCAUUCUUGUAAAACCCAUUCAAAUAUUUCUCGGUCUACAGAAUUGCAUAUAUAAAGCUAAAGAGCAUUUUUCUUUUUUUCAUUAUUCGUGUGUGUGUGUGUGUGCAUGCGCGCUUGUUUGUAUGCGUGUGUGUGCAUGCGCGCUUGUUUGUAUGCGUGUGUGUGUGAUUGUCUGAAACAUUAAAAAGGCAAAACAGGUUUAUUGGCGUUUUGUCAGAGCGCCAGCAGGUGCACCUAUUCGCCCCUCCUACCACCACCAAUCUACCUGCCCUACCUCAUGACCCGUUGUCCUGACUAAGAUCCAUUAUAUUUGAGUUUUUGUACUUAUAUAUAAAUAUAUAUAAGAGUAUAUAAGUACAUAAUAUAAAUUUGUAUGUAUAUAAAUAAAAAUAAAUACAUAAGUAUUAAUAUAGGUAUAUAGUAUAUGAGUGUGUGUGUACUUAACUAUGUCUGGAAUGUCGCUUCCAUACCUCAUUUCAUCACGUUUUUGACCACCAUUUUCAUUCCUUUUAUUAACUGCCGCGUGCUGUUCCUUUUGUCUGUUCUGCUUUCUCCAAAUCGUAUGAAAAAAAAAAAAAAAAAAUGAAUAAUUAAUAUGGAUGAUACACCGUAUUUGAUGUCGGAAUGUUCCGCAACACAGCGAAGUUAAAACGGUUUAUUGGUUUCCAUUUAACUUUUAUCGGUUAACAUUUUUCGUUUCUUUUUUCGCAAAUCUGUAUUACAUCUUAGACCUAUAAUAUUUGGUUAAAAAUCAAAAUAAGACGUAUCGUAAAUAUUCGUAAAUCCACUAUAAUAUUAUGUUCAUUUAGUUUAUUUUUUUCGUGAAUUUCUUCUUUAACCGAAUCUUAAUAUUAAUUUUCUAACGCCAUCGAUAAUUGUCCAUUCACCUACGUUAUAAUAAUAUAUUGACAAUAUUUCACGGUAAUUUAAAAUAUUUUAAAAAACAUUGAAUAUAUCAUGUGCAGUUAUACAUAAUUGCGUUUAAACAUAACAUAAUUAUAUUUUCUUUUCACAAUCGUGUGUGGGUCUAUGUAUAGCCAAAUCUAUGGAACUUAGAUAUACAUCUGCAAUAAUUUCAAAUAUAGGAUUUUAAAUUUUAAAUUCCUACACGGGUGUACGAGAUGAUCCAUUUAAGUGAGUACACUCAUUAUCUCGGAAAGUAUUAAAACUUUUUGGAAUUUAUUUUCUACAACAUUUAAGAAACAAGCUGCUCUAGAGUUUUAUAUUUAUGUUAUUUUGUGUCACUCUUAUUUUUGGCGGUAAAACCACUACAUAAUUUUGAUUUUAAAAUGGUAACCUAUUUUAAAGACUCCAUAAAUAGAUGUAGUUAAAAUUAGUUAAAAUAAAUUUUAACAUUCAAACGUUUGAUUUCCGUCAAUCCAUUGACGAGAUAUUCUACUUUAAAGUUUGGGUUGGAGGAGAGUGUAGUGCAUUAUUAACGUGCCGCGCACCAUACCGCCACACAAAUUAUUCUCCACUACUUUCCUCCAACCCAAACUUAAAAGUGGAAUAUAUCGUCUGAGGAUUGACGGAUAUCAAAAAUGUCAACACUAAACUUCAUCUAUUUAUGCAAUUUUUAAUGUAGGUUACCAUUUUACAAUUAAAAGUUGAUACUUGGUUUUUUUUAACCCCAAAAAUAAGGGUGACGAAAAAUAACAUAAAUAUAAAAUUGUAGAGCAGCUUGUUUCUUAAAUUUCCAGAAAACAAAUUCUGGAAAAAGUUAAUACUUUCCGAGAUAAUAAGUGUACCUACUUAAAUGGAUCACCUGGUACAUAAGAGGCGGCUUGAAUUAUGUUUUGGUGAUUCACUAAAAAAUUGGGGUUGGUGUUUGGUCGUUCAAAUGUUGACGAAAUUUCAUGAAUUAUAUUUAUGUCAUGAUCUAAUUAUAUAGCCAUGCCUUUAUGCCAUUAUUAUUAGAAACGAAUAAUAACUAUUAUAAUCAGUUAAUAAUAAUAGUAUAGUAUAGUAUAGUUUAUAGUAACAUUAUUAUAAUAGUUGUUCCUAAUCCUUUAGUUCAUGUUGCACAUUGUAUUUGUAUUUUUGGGUAUUGUUUAUUUGUUGUAUUUAAUAAACAAAAUUAAUUGGUACCUAGUAAAAUAUUUAAAAAAAAAUUUUUCUAUGGGUUGUAUUAUACUUGCGGGGUGCGGUUCACAUAUUAUUAUACUACAUAUCAUACGUUUACCAUAUCAAUUAAUAAAAUACCGCAAAUUGCCUGUGGCGCCCACUCGAAUUUACCUUAUACUUUUGAAUACGAAAAUUGAAUUUUUCAUUGAUUGAAUCCGUGACUGGGUUCCGCUUUAGUAUAUGAAUACAAAUAUAAUAGUUAACGGAAUUAAGUAAGUGCUUUUGUAGUUAAUUAAAUAUGUUGUCAAGACACAUUGGGACGCAGGGUUGUACUAUAGGUAUCGGUAUUGAAGUAUGUAGCUUCAUUAAAAUUAUCUCAUAAAAUAUAGUUACACAGCUGUAAUAAAAAUUAAUAUUAAUUAUACAUGGUGCAUUUAUAGUUUUAAAAAGAUGUGUUGGGCGGGUUUGAAAAACGUGUGGUUUCACCGAAGCAGAGGUUCAAACGUAUAGGUACAAGAGUUUUUUUUUAUGUACAUAUAAUUGAAUUGAAUAAUUAUAGUAAAUUUGUUUGCUAAUAAACGAUGGAGUCUUAUGUACAUAUUUUUGCAUAUUAUAAUUUUACACGUUGACGUGUUUUCCAUAGUUAAUAUAAUAAUUACGUCGGGGAAGUAUUAAUGUUAAUUAUUAGACUUUCUCUCGUCAUGCAGCAGACCACCGGUUAAUAAUUGUUCGUAACAUCUUGCCAUAAGUUGUAGUCUUAGUUUUUUGUUUUAGCUGCGGUUUUUGUUGUACAUAUUCAUAGUUGUAUUAUAAUAAAUAUUAAUAUAAUAUAUUAUAGAUUUAAAAAAAAAAAAAUGCCAAUCGAAAACUGCAGUAAUUGCCGUAGUUGAUGAUGAAAUCGUUGGUUUAUUGCACACAUUCAAUAAUAUUUAGCCAAACCAAAAAAAUAUUUAUAUUCAAUCAGUACACCUACUCUGUUUGUAUAAUUUUGUCGUCACCGUAUGACGGCACAGACAAUCGACGUCUAUAUUAUACAACAUGUUAUAUUGGACUCGGUAAUUUGAUUUGAAUAUAAUAUGUGUUAUACGAAUCUUAAAGAGUAUUUCGCCGCGUAAACCUACUGGUAGCCUCAGUGUCGUCGUGUAUACAUGGCAAUAGGUUCUCGGAAAACAGCAUAUUAUUAUUAUAAGUCGGAUGGUGGUGGCGGCGACGACGACGACGUCGUCUAUAGCUGCUACAGGAAUGUUAGCAAUCACGCCGUAUAGGUACCGGUUCCCCUCUCCUUGUUUUUUUUUUUUUUGCCUUUUUACUAUUGUAUAUAUAUAUGUAUAUACUUACAAAUCCCCUUCUUUUCCAUAUAGGUCUCAUCCUCCUUCUUCCAAAACACCAUUCUCUCUCACUCUAUCUCUAUCUUUCUCAUUCUAUAUUAUUAUUAUUAUUAUUAUGAUGGUUGUGCGAACGCUGCAGUAAAAUUUAUGGCGUAUUGUUAUUUAGCAAGUCGUAUUUUGUCUUAUUAGAAUAUCCAGGUCGACGGUGACUUAAUGUGGUCAGGUGCGGCGGUUUCGGAGGUUCGCAAAAAAAAAUAAAAAUAAAUAUAUAUUAUAUGUUAAACAAAGUGGUGGAAUAGGAUGUUCUUUGAUCUGCAUUCGCUCAUGUUAUUAUUAUAAUAUAUGAGAGUAACCUUUCCUUUGUUAUCUCAACUUCCAACAUCCCUCUAUAUAAUAUAUAAUAACAAUAUGUAAUGUCCCAGAAGAAUCCGCAUACCAUUUGCAGUUGUUGACAAUAUACCACAUACCUAGGAAGUAGGUACAUACAUUUUAGCAAAAAUAUCACAGUUUCGGUAGUGUAAACGUUUUACAUUUACAUUAUGUAUAUUUUUUAUUUCAGAAAACAAAAACAAACAGUUUUUAUACCCAUUUUCAAUACAGGUGCUUUGAGUAGUGUAUUUUAAAAUUUCUUGGGAGCUAUUUAUGUACAUUUUAGACUUAUUGCGUGUUCUUCUAACGUAUUUGAUUUAUAAAUAUAUUGUUGGUUUAAGAUUGAUUAUACGUUUAUAAAAUUAAAAAACAAAAAUUAAAUCAAUUGUCUAAUAACUAUAUUCAUUUUUUAAGUAGCGUCCGCUACUUUGUGAAUUUGUUAAUUUCCAUCUGCCUGUAUGCGGUAUAACCUUUUCAGAGACCUCUAAUAAAGCUAGGAGGAUGCAAUUUUGUAUAUGCAUGGUGUCAGUAUCGAGAAUGCGCAUUUUGGAGGUUUUAAAUUUUAACCUUCUCCCCUGCUAUGUUUAUACUCGAAUUUCAAAUUUUAUUGUAAGUAAUUUAUCGUUUUAGUGUAAUAGUAUUUAUUAUUGUAUUAUUAUAUAUUAUUCAAUUAUUCAUAUUGUUUUAUAAAAAAUAUAAAUUUUAUUAUACAAAAUAGCCUAAAAAUUCGGUUCUUGUGAUGGAGCUUUACUUACUAACGGGGUUUUUUUUUUUUAACAGAUAUUUUAAAUCUGAUAUUUGAAUGUAAUUUUAUAUUUUUAAUGAUUUCUGUCUAUUAAUUAUUUACUAAUUAAAUCUUUUUAAAAUUGAACUCAUUUACUUAUUAGUUAUUAUAUUAUAGAAACAACAUUGUAAUUUUAAAAAAUAUUUAAACGUCUUUAGAACUUCAGCCAUGGAUUUUUUUUUACAUAUGUUCGUUAUUACUCACCAUCAUAAUAAUUGUCUUGUGUUAAUAUUAGUAAGUAACUAAAUACACUCGUAUUCAUUUAUCACGUUUUUCCUUUAAGGGUUUUCUUUUUAAAAUAAUACGAAAUAUCUUUCUUGUUUUGCUAUUAUAUACUAUUUUAGUCUGUUUCCCAGCUUCCCCAACUGUACCUAUCCCCAUAGUUACGUUAUCCCAAUCAUGAUAAGAAUUAUAACAUGACAUAGUACCAACCUUGAAAAUAAAAAUCUCGAACAAAUAUGUUAGUAAUAUUAAAAAUAAAUUAAUAUGUUAUGUUUAUGAAUUUUAUUUACGCCUACGCAACAAUGUCUUAACAGAAACUUAAGUUAAUUACUUUGUUUGUAACUUCCUUCAUUUUAGUACCUAUUAUAAUUUCCUAAUAUUUAAGAUAUAUAGACAACCCACUACGAUUUCGUAGGGUCGCAAUUUCAAAUUAUUUACUUGGUAAUAUACUUGGUAUUUUGCCGUACGCCUAAUUAAAUUCCCAUUAGGAAUUUUUUUAAUAUUUACGUUAGCAACAAAAUAUAUUCCUUACCAUAAAUGUGAUAACUGUGUGACACUUCAAUAAUAUACACAAUAUAUAAGAAUUAAAUAAACAUUUAUUGAUAUUUCUUUUUAUUAUAACGGACAUAAUAAUGAUUUGAAAUCGAUAAAGACAUUCAUUGUGACAAUAUGGGUACCUGCUUAUAGUUGUACGUUUGAUUUUUAUAUUUUCAAAAAUAAUCGAGCGUUAUUCAAAAAGUUACACCGGUGGUUAAAACGGUGUACAGCUGAAAUAUUUAUAAUCUUUGUGCAUGCGAGUACACGACUAUUAUAUGCACUCAUCGCAGUUCUAUUGCAUAUAGGCAUAUAGAUUUUUCACACACUCAUUUUUUGAGCUUAUUCGUGUGGUCACGUGACUCGUUCUGCAAGAAUUCACACAUAAUAAUGUGCCACAGUAUCUUUCCCGUCUCUAGUCAUUUCUUAGAUUUUAAAUUCACGUAUAUUAUAUUAAUAUAAUGUAUAGUGUGUGAAGUACGUACCAUAUAUUAUAUAUGUUUAAGAUAAAGAAUACAACCGAAGUCUUAAGAGAUAAUAUAAUAACGUAAUUUUAAACUGUUGCCGUUGGACUAUUUUAAUUUCGAAUGCAUAAUAUAUACGAGUGAGAAGAAAUUAUUUUGAUGGCUCUGUUCUACAUAUUAUUUCUAUAUUAUCAUAACGGAUUUUUUUUUAAAAUUAUAAUAAUUAAAAAAUAUUAUUUUAUUUACAUAGUAAUAUAAUUUUACAAUACUAGUAUUGAUUGUAUUAAUAUUAUUAUUUUUUUCUUUCUGCGCCGUUUACACACCCCCUGCAGUAUAAUUGUAUAAUCUUUUAGAUUCGGAGCGUAGCGAGUUUUCAAAGCGGUUUUAUGAAGAUAGAUAACAAAAUUUCAGUAACAUACAUUUUAAAAUUUUUUCCUAUUUAAAUCGACUAUAGUAGAGGAUAUAUGUUAAAAUGAUUGCCCCUCACAUUUAUAAGGUCUACGUAUACGAGGUAAAAAAUUAACCAAUUAUAUCUUAAUUUAAUUUAAAUUUCGAUUUUUAUUUCUUUAUAACGUUUAAAUCCGUCUGUUCUGGAUGUAUAUUUUUGUACAAUAAAAGCAUUUCUAUAUAAUAUUUUACACGCAUCAGCGCGUGUCUGCAUCACGUUAUUCGGUUAACGAUUACUCGUGCAGUUUAUUUGUCUACAUUGUUGUCGGCGGUCGGCUUUUAUGCACCGUUCAUAUAAAAUCCACAACCGUUAUAUACCGCGGUUAGGGUUAGGUAUAUUAGGUAUAUAAUACGAUCGGCCGAACAAGAUAAUACGACGGAGUUAAGGGAUAAGUGGUGCAUUCUGAUGUCUAUUUAUAAAUGCGCUGUCAUUAAAAUACAGAAGUGUAUUGUAGAAGAAAAUAAGUAUAUUGCUAUGUGUACGAGAACUAUACAGCUCUACACGUGUGUUACACGUAGCCUGUGUUCGUAUGCCAUUCCUGGAACUGUCAACGCCCGUCACGGCUAUAGACUUCUCCACACCUAUCAUAUACUUAACCAUUUUCUCGUCUUCCUUUUAUAAUAUAUAUAUACAUAUACGUACACUAUUAUUGUUCUUACAUAUUGCAUCAACCCCCUCGACAAUAAAAUCAGGCAAAUGGAAUGCUCGCCGCGCAUCGUCACGUUUAUAAUACACGAGGAAUUAUUUAACAACAAUAAAAUGAUGUUAGAGAGACGCGUUAGGAAUGUCGAGAGCGCGCGCGCUGUAGUUAUAACAAAAGCAUUCGCCCGCCCGCCCUUUUAUUUUUCUCUUUAAGGGUUUCUUUUUUCGUUUACAAACCGACACCGAAAACCCCGAUAAUAUGUAUAGAUCCAGCCCCUACUCCCCCGCCAGAGAGGCACGCGAAGCGCUCCCCGUUGUAUCGCUCCGCGGAAACUCGUUUGCGCGCUACUGAUUAAUGUUAUUGUAACGUUCCAAAAUCGAAUGUCCUUAAUACGAAUAUUAUUAGGUAGGUAUGUAUACUUGCAGUAUUAUUAAACUCGGAUUCCAAUGCAAAGAGUAUUUUGUAUGCGCGUGUGUUCUAUAAGGAUAAUCUGAUAAUUUAUUUUGAAUAACAUCAUUUAUUAUAUAUCAUAAUUAAUCAAUGGAAUUCAAUUGACAUUUAAUUCCAUUUAGAUAAUCGUGUUACUUCAAAAGUUAAAUUUCUAUUUUGAAUAUUUUGCUGUUUUUCUAUUUUUAGAACACUAUAAAAAUUAAUUAAAUAAUUUUGUUUUCGUUUAAUAUUUGUUUUGAAUAAAUACAUUUUUGUUGUCAUAAUAUAUUUCAAUAUUUUUAAGUUUUAGAAUUUUAGACAUUUUAGAAUUCUUCGUCUGUAAUCUGUAGGGUUAGGGACUUUAUGUCCUAAAAAACUUUGAAAAUGCAUGCACGUAAGCCCUAUACAUUGAUUAAAUAUGCUUCAAGCUCUAAAAAAAAAUUUCUUUCCCAUAAUCCUUCUUUUUUAAACUGACUUAAGCUAAAAAAAAAAAUCGAAUCAUAAUAGCAUAUUAUAUUUAUGAGUUAAUAAUUAUUUAACUAUUACCUAACCGAAAACUAGUAUUGUGUUACUAUUUAAUUUUUUUAAUAACAUUUUUCGAAUAUUUUCAUCGAUCAAUACAGAAUUGAUCGAUAUUAUAAUGUCUAUUUAAAUAUCAAACAAAUUAAAAAAGUUGGUAAAAACAUACGGUAAAUAUUAAUUUUUUAAAAAAUAUUUAAUAGUAUUAAUUGAUUUUUUUUAAAUGUCAAGAAACAUAUUGUAUUAAAUAUUGCAUACUAUGUGAAAAAUGCACUUAAAAUACAUAUACUACCUAUAACAAAAUAUGCGAAAUAAAACAAAUUGCUCUAAACUUCAAGAAUCACGAAACAAAUUUCUAUAUUACUUAGCUAUAUUUUGAAUGAUUUUGAGUGCAAACUCCUAUAAGUUUCUAGCUCUAGUAAUAUAUGCAUAAUCAACUGUAAAUCGUUCCAUUUAUAAUUUAACAUUUAUUUUUUUCUUUCAUUUUCCGUUUUUAGGUAAUUUUUUAAUGUAAUUUAAAUCCAAUAUGCUUGCGGAUAAAUGUGUUGAUUGUUGUAGUAUAUUACACAAUAAUAUUGCAUUCAGAAUAUCAGUAUUAACAUUGUGGGUAUUUUAUUAUUUAACAAUAAUCCAAUCCCAAGUGAUUAAGUACAUAUUAUAAUAUGUGAUGAUAGGUAUAAGCGAUCACGUAACCACGUAACCUAAUCUAUAUAUUAACAUUAUUUAUUAUUUUUUUAAACAAAUUAAUAUUAUUUUACACAUACGAUAUAUUUAUAUUAUUAGGUUGGUAGGUACAAAUAAUUUUUUUAUUGAUAUAAUACAUUGAUAUCAUUUGAAUACUUACUACAUACAUUUUAUCCGUACUUCUAGAUAACAUAUAAAUUAUAAGUAUUUUUUUCUAUAAUGUUCAAAUGUAUUUAAAUUAAUAUUUCAUUGUUUUUUUUUUUAUUAUUACUUAUUUAUCUGCAAAAGUUAUGUAGAUCUAUAUGUAUUAUUCAAUAUAAUAUAAAAAACCACUUUAGAUUAAAAAAAAAUAAUAAUAAUAAUGUAUAGGUAAUAAUAAUUUAUGCUGGCUGAUAUCCAAUAUAUAUUGUACUGGCUAAUGUAUUUAUAUAUUAUAAUUUUUAUUAAGAAAAUACAAUUUAAAGGGAUUGGGAGGGGUGAUUUUCUGUCAGUAUCUUACACAACAGGAAUUUAGAUGUGUUUCAUUUCCAACGUACCGAUUGAUCUAGUGAAGUGAUAAGAAUUCUGAAAGCGUAUUUGAAUUUAUUCUUGAAGUCUACUUGAGAUUGACUGUGUCACUUUUUUAUUUUAAUUUCUCCAAAAAUUAAAAUAUUUCAUUUUAGAUUCCUAGUGUUGUAGCAUAUGUAUUGGUUAUACAAAAAUGUUUUAUUUUUUUUUUUUAUGUAAAAACUUUUUCUACCAGAAAGCUUACUCUGAUGAACACAAUGUAAACCUUUUUCUGAAAGAAAAUUUUCUUAGGGUGGUACUUUAGAAAGGUUUUUUUUUUUUGAUUUUUUCGGUAUUUUUCCCAAUAAAAAGGAAACAAAUAAAUGGAAAAUGUACGAAAAAUAUUAGUAAAAUAUUAUGGUUUUUUUUCUGUGAACAUUUUUCUACCAGAAAUUUGUCUCCGAUUAUAAUGAUAGCACACUGAUAACAAUGAUAGGAAAUCUGACUGGGAAGAUAUUUUAGGAAUGUCAUUUUUCAAUUUUCCCAAGGGGAAAUUUCCUAAGAGUAGAAAAUGUGAAAAAACGGUAAAAUCGGUUUUAUUAUUAUAUAUUAAACAAAUAUUAUUAAAGAAAAUAUAUAAUGUUUAUUUAGUUAUGUUAUCAUAAUAUGUCAUAAAUAUUGUUGACAAAUCAUCACUAUCAACUGAACUCCGCUCAGAAUCGUUUUUAGUAAACAAUGAUUUAUUAUUGCUUACAGAUCAAAUUAAGUGGGUGCAUCCGCCGUGCGAAGUAUGUCUGUCUUUUUUAAAUUAUGGCUUUUAGUAUUUAGGGGGAUAAAAUUAAAAAUAUGGGAAGGUCGAUUUUAAGUAAAAAUCCGAUUCUUUUAAAAUUUUAGUUCACACGAGAAAAAUCGCCGAUAUCUAAGCCUAACUCUAGAUAUAUCGUUUAUAGAUAAAACGUGUUGACCCGCGGCAUCUGUACAGAAACUAUAUAAUAUGCUGUAGUAUAGUAUAAUGUAUAUACAGUAUAAGAUGCAUGGGCAGGCUAUAAUUAUUACUCGGGAACUAAUUUAAAAGAACUCCAAAUGUAUCGUAAGAAAGAAAAGUAAAAUAGCCUACAGACAGUAAAAAAUAAAUAAAGGCACACAAAACAAAAUACAUCUAGAAAGAAAAGCCCGAGGAAAAAAUAGCUAAAAUUAUUAUUGUGUUUGAAUUUAAGAGUUUCGGGCUUUUAUAGGAUUGUAAAUGUUUGCUCAACUAAUUAUUUUCCAUACGACUAUAAUAACAUGAGCUGCGCUUGGCCAAAUUUCAGUAAACAUGCUAAUAUAUCUUAAGAUGAACUAAUUCAUCCAGAUCUUCUUUUAAAUUAAAUUGAGCCCUUAAUAUUAAUCUUUUUCAAAAGGGGAGAAUUUUAAAGUUUGAAAUUUUGUUACUGGCUGUCCAACUGACCAGUUCAUCAUCGGAAUUAUAUGACACUUCCUGUCUAGUUGGAAACGUGAAAUUUGGCACAAAGAUGUGUAAGUAAAUGAAAAAAAUUGAAAAUUGUAAUUUUCUAUUGUAAUUCUAUUGCCUGAAGUAACGUGAAUGCAUAGGUUCACCCAUCGAUCUGAAGAAAAUAAAUAAACUUUUAUUGUAACGUUUCAUGAUCAAAUUAAAAUGUAUAUUCUGAAAUAAUGGUUAAAUUUUGUAAGAGUUUGAGUUUGAUUAGAACGGGUUUAUUAACAAAUCACAGAUUCCCACACGAUAUCAAAAUAAAUGUCUUCUUUCAAACAGUGUAUUUGGUUUUUGUUUUCGACUUUUUUAAUAAAAUUAUAUUGAUUUUUUUCCCAGGAAACGCUUAUCGUCAACGGCGGUUCAUUGCCAGUAAUAUUAAUUAAUUUUAAUUUUAAUUUAGUGGUGGCGUAAACUUAUAUUAUGUGCGACAUGACAGUUAAAUACUUGGCACUUGUUCACCCAUUUAUUGGGACAUAUAGAAAAUAUCCCGUAAUCUAAAAAAUUUGAGCUAAUUAACCGGGUGUCAUGAAAAAUGAAUGAUGUCCUUAACAAGACUUAACCGCGAAAAGAGAGUCAAACCCAGAAUGAGUAUCAAUUUUAUGGCAGCGAAGUUGGUUGUUAUUUAAAAACCAAAAAUGUGCGCGGGUGGUUUUAAUUAAAAAAAUACGGAAAUUUACCAUUUCAGAUCUACUGGUUUUGCGAGUUGCCCGAAACGAACAAAAUUCCGAAUAAAGUAAAAUAAAACUCGUCGAGAUAAUGAGCGUGUUAUCGGAGAUUAAUCAGCUACCCCGUAAUAUUUUACUAAUACAUUUCGUAUAAUUUCCCGUUUUUCCUCAAUUUUUAACGGUUUUUCACAUUUGUUGAGAAAACUCCUGGGAAAAUCAAAAAAUGAGCUUCCUUAAGUACCACCCCAAGAAAAUUUAAUUUACAUCUGAGUAAUAUUUCUGGCAGAAAAGUUGUUCACGGAUAAAAAAAAAAACACCACUGUAAAACCAUAAGCUUCGUCGCUCCGCUCAGGAUCUUAAACGUUUUUCUUUCUCAAUUGAUUUGUUAUGAAUAAAAUUAGUAUUUCGAGGAUGCACGUGACAAAAAAUAUUGAUUUUUUGUUUUAUUUAUAACAUGGGAACCGUGGGGCUGAGCUGAGCUCGCCGUGUCUUGUCGAGCUCCCGGGGGGCUGCAGCUCCAAAGACGACCUCCCUGUGCACGCCGCCCCCUCCCCCCCGGCUGCGACCGUGUAAUUAUUAUUUUCCGAACCAUAUUAUCGUCGACGGCGGCGCGGCGUACGCAUUACAGUUAUUAUAAUAAACGUAAAUCGAACGGCGCGCGCGCACGUGUGUGUGUGUGUGUGUGUGUGUAAACAUUCCGGAAAUUCUUUUCGUGACUUCUUUAUAGGGAACAAUAAUAAUAAUAUUAAUACGAACUAGUUUGUAUUUAUUUCGUGUAAUAUAUGGUGUGUGUGUGUGUGUGUAAAAAACUACAAGAGUGGAUUCGUCGUCGUACACGCGGUGGCGGUCGUACGUCGUCGUCCAUAAUAAUAUAUGCCGGGGCGCGUAAAGAACAGCGCCGCCGCCGCCAGCGCACACGAGUUUCGCUUGUGCGCCGCACCGCGCGCCGCCGCGUACUUUACGCGUUUCGGAACGGCAGCGGCGGCGGAUUCGGAGAAGCGCGUAUAAGGUUAGUUGUAAGGACGUUAGGUAUACGGCGACGACGACGACGACGACGACGAGAGUAGACCGGGGAAGAAGAAGAAGAAAAAAAAAAAGAGUAUACAAUAUAAGAACCGAAGAAACCGAUAGAUGUUUUAUAAAAGUGAAAAAAAAAAGAAAAAAGAAUCUGGUUUUCGGCCGGUCUCGCGCGUACGCCGGGUAAACGGUAUAAUGUAUAGGUAUUAUAGGUACCUAUUGAUUUCCCGAAAAAGGAUCUAUAUACAUACACGCGCGCACAAGCGCGAGCGCGCGCGCACAUUCGAAAAACACAAUCGCGUCGUUAUCGAUCAAAAAACUGUAUUUAUUAACAUAUUUUUGUUGUCUGUGCGGAGCUGCUAUAAUACGUGUGUGUGUGUGUGUAAUAAUGUAAUAUAUUAUAAUAGUGUGUGGCGGCGGCCUCUUCUCGUCCUUUUGUCCGUGCACAGGGCCGCCGCCGCCGCCGCCGCCCGGUCAACAUUAAAUCCGCCCGGAUAUACAUUUAAUUAUUUUUAAUGCUCCGCGCGUCUGUGAACCCCGAAUUUCGCCUCUAACCAUUAUAUGUUUUUUUUUUUAUUAUUAUUUCUCUUCUCUUCGCCUUGUCUGGCGCGCGCGAUCGCCGCCCGUUUGCUGCUCGCGUUUAUAGGACCGGUUGAAAAAUGUGUACACGCGUUAAAAAGCCGCCGCCGCCGCCGCCGUGUCCGCCCCCGCACCCGCCCCCAAACGCCGCGUUUAGAAUAAUAUGAUAAUAACAAUAUACAGCGUGCGUUGUUGUUGCGCGUACAGGGUGUACCACGAACCGCCGACCGCGAUCGUCCGCUGCGGGUAUCUUGUUUAAUCGACGAUUUCGGAGAGGGGGGGCAUCGUUUUCUUGUAUUUCUCACCUCUUAUCCCCUCCUGUCCCCCAUCGAUUUUUAUAAUACAUAAUCGCUCGUAUUGCGUCCGCGUUAAUAUUACUCGCUGUCCCGCCCGGAGACCUAUUCGCAGACGCCCUAUAUACUAAUCGAGUUCGGCCCGAACCGAAACGUAACCCCUAUAGGUAUUCGGUUUUCCGGCGUCGAGCAUUCCUAAACGUGUAAACCUAAAACCUAUAUAGUGUCCUAUAGAUGAUGAAAAACCACGAUGGGUCGCCGUGUGUUUACUAUAUUUACGUAGGUGCCGUUCGGGUCGAACCCGGAUAGGGUUCGUAAACACGUCGCCCGGAAUCGCCAGUGUCGAUUCGUAUUAACCCCGGUGUUGUCUGUAUAAACAAGUCAACAUAACCCAGAAAUAAUAAUAAUAAAAAAACAAAUUCAAUUUUCGUAUUUUAAUAUACAAAAUCAUGUCGUGUGAACGCAACCGUCCUUUAAGGGUCGAAUUCGGGGUUGAAAAAUAGACGACGAUUUUUGAAGGUAGUGUAUACAUAAUUUUGUCGAGAUGGGACUAAACCUGUAGAUGUUCAUCUUUUUUUCAAACUCGGGGAUUCGAAAAGACAAUGUUUUUCGUUUAUACAUUUGUAAUUUUAGACGAAAUGGGAGAUAGUGGCAGUACCCUUCUAUCUAUGACGUCUUAAUUUUAAACCGUUAUUAAAACAUACUAGAAAUCUUCGUAUCCGCUAUUUCUGAAUGAUCUCAUUUCCAACUGUCCGCCUAAGUCUAUGGAGUCAGUCGAGGCAAAGUUAGAUAAAAAAAAAAAAACCCUACAAUGUUUUAAUAGUUCUAAUAGGCAUCGAUAGAUACCAAUACUAUACGGAGAGCAGUAAUCUCUUACCGCGUCCCCUCUCCCCCUGUCACGUACCCCGGUUCAGUUAUACGCGUCCUUUGCCCCGGGCGACUACAUAUUAUAAUACACUAAGAAUAUAAUUCGGCCAACGCUUAUAUGCAAAUUGAAUUAAUCUUUUUCAGUCUAGAUAGGUUUUAAAAACUCAUGUAUAGUAUUCAAAUCCCGCCGCGAGACGGGCUUAUUAGCUAUAUUAUUGUUGUAAUAUAAUAAUCGCCGGUUCGCGAUCACCCUGUACAUAAUACGAGAAGGCGGCGGCGAGCGACGGCAGCGGGGCCCACACGAUGAUCCGAACAAACCACAGGCGCCUCGACCGUCGUUUUACAAUAAUGGAAAUCGCCGCCGCCGCCGCCGCCGCCGCCGCCACACGUUAAUAAUAUAUAUAUGUACAAUGUAACUCAACAAUACCAUCGGGUCUCAUCGUAAACACGCCGAAUAUAUAAUUUUUUUUUUUUUUUUUUUUAUUACGCGCGUAAUAUAUUACGUUGGGUAUAUAAUAAUAAUAAUAAUAAUAAUAAUAUUAUUAUAUAUCGGUAGGUAUUAUUAUUAUUAUUAUUACAGUCUUCUUGUUCUCUCGUCGGCGUUCGUUAUAUUGUUCGUUCCUUCGGCCCGUUCGAUUUUUCUACGUUAUACGUUAUUAUAAUAAAAUCAUAAUACAAUACUUGUAUAAUAGAGGUGCGCACAAUCGCGGACAGUCAGCGUUGCCGCUGCUGUUGCGUAGCACGAGGUGUCAACCGUAAUAUUAUAGGUUAGGUUAAGUGUGUCCGUAUAUUAUAAUCGUAACGAUGUGAAAAUAAUAUUUUUUUCGCGUCUCGUUUUCCGAAUAUCGGGGGAGGUGAGGGGUGGGGACGAACACGAGACACCCCGUCUCGUCGUUCCCUGUACGCUUGAAAUGGAAUUCUCUUUUAUUGCGUAUCGCACGUGUUUAUUAUCGAUAAUAUUAUAUGUUUUUUCAAUGAUAAAAAUAUUAUAAUAAACACGCUAAUAAGCGUUUUUCGCUGUUGGUCCAAACCCGAUACUGCCGCAAGGAUAAGUCAGUUGCCACAAAUAUUUGUUAAGAAUGACCAAUCUACAAAUUGAUAGCAAACUUUGAUUUUGGUACGGUUACAAUUCAUCUUGUGAGGCGGUGAAAACAGUGAAGAUAUUCGUUUAACUUACAUCCUUUAUAGAUGACUUACCUUCUCCUAUAUUUUUUGCAAAAUAAUAAGAAGAGACUCAUUUUUUACGAUAGACAACGAUGUAACGAUAGCAACAACAGCUUAAACAGCUAUGAUAAUAAUAUGAUAACAUUUCUGGUUUAACGAGGAGAAACAAUCAUUUUGGAGGGAACGAUGAAAAAUCACGACGGGUUUAGAUAAAAUAGGGGGGAAAAAACGAAAAAACCAAAACGUUGUUCUAUUGAUAUAACAAUAAUGGACAUUCGUUUAAGCGGCGCAUAAAAUAUGACUCAUUCAAAAUACCAACGUACACGAUCUGUAUUCGCUAGUAGUCACGUUUUAGUUAUUGCCAUCAUUUUUUGACAAACCAGUAACUAUAUAGAAUAAUAAUUAUUAUAGUCAUAAUUUCAAAUUUAGAAUACUCUCUUUAUAAGUAUCAUUUACAAAAAAAAAAUAAAAAAAUACGUAUACUAUUAAGUAAUAAAAACUUAUUUAAGACACGUGCAAAUGAUUAGUUAUUACUUGUAUAUCAUAUGUCAUAUUAUAAUAGUCGUUAGUCAGUCGAAAUAGUGUAAACGCUUAAAAAAUCAAAAUAAUUUAUUAACCAUUAUUGUAUUAUAUUUGAAAAGUUGAAUUAAAAUGUCUUUGGGUUAAAUACAGCAUUAUCUGCACAUUUGUCACAAUAUAACACUACACCUAUAGGGACUACAACUGUUUAUUAACCUAACUUUUACUACGGGAACAGGAUGACGAAAGUACCUAUACCAUAAUUUGUCUUCCCCAUCCCCAGAAAACUCUAUUUAAUGGUGUAAAAUUACUAUUCGAAAACUGCAGUUAUCCAACGACAUUAUAAUAAAUACGACAAACUUACUUUACCUGAACACUAAUGAUACUUAAAAGAGGUCACUUUUUUAGGUGACUUUAUUAGAAAUCGCAUCAAUUAGAAAUAAAAAUGAAACAUAAUAUAGAGUCGACAUUUAAUUGUUGACAUCUAUAAUACAGUAUACACCGAAUUGCUGUUUUUGGCGAAUGCAAUAAUUUGUCGUUAUUUUCGAUGAUAAAAAAAAAAAAAUAAUAAUAGACUAUUGUAAUAUUAUGCUUAUAUACCGCCAUUUUUAUAAAACUAUUUUUUUUUUUAAACACUGUUUCAAAUAUGUAUAUUAUUUAAAUCGCCCACGUGUUUAGUCGAGUGCGAGCAAUUACACAAUUGUACAUAAUAAUUAUUUUCUGAGGGUUCUCGGUAGUAUUAUUUAUUCGGUUAACAUAUUAAAAGUCAUGACAGCCCCAACCCUGAUAUAUAGGGUAAUUUUUCAAGCACGGCCUUCUAAUGCAUUCGGAAAAUUACUGCUGUAAAGAUCUUAAUUAAUAUUGCGGAUUAUUAUGUAAUAAUAUAAUAGGUACCUACACGUGAAUUGAAAUGUUAAUUUAAUCGUCACGUGCGUAUUUCAAUACGCGUGAAUUUACUUCUAAUCCGUCAUCCAGCCGUAUUACAUAAUAUUCACUUAAUGACUGAUUGGAGAUAGGUCUUUCGAGUUAUUAUAUUGGGAUAUUUUUUAAACGCUAAGCAAGGAUAAAUGAAUCUGUGUGGGGCAGGGGGUAGUCCAAUACUGUGCUUUGGAACCCUGUCUCGGGUGCGUGUUAAUGUUGCCUACUUGAAACGAACCUCAGACUCAAAUGGCAUUUUUUGACUGGUGCUCGACAUAAUACGCCCCGAUAAUAUCUUUACAUAUUCUACGAAUUAUAUUAAAAUAAAAACGGUAUAGACACCGAUUAACCAUUCAACAUUAUUAUUGUCAUGGGUACGUUUAUAUAGCUCGAUAAAGUAAAAAAAACAUCAACGAACAAUUUAAAAAUGUCACUUGAUCAUCUUAUCGGUUUCUGUUUAUAUCCGUAAUUUGAAGUUUGAAGUCUGGAACUGUGAGUUACGAAAGACCCACCAAUCCGGUGUUAUGCGUUAGUUUAGCUGAGUUCAUAUUGUUACCAAAACCAGUGGUCACUGAUAGUCAACAUUCUAUAUUAUAUUAGAGCAAAUUUAUCGAGUUUCAGAGGCACAAGGCCAAUCGUUUAUUUCACAUAGGGAGAUAAGAAAUGUCUCGUAGGCCUGAUAAUACGGUACUGUUUGUUAAUAUUGCGAUGAAAUCGCGUCGUUUCAAUUUGAUAUUGAAAGUAUUUAAAUAAUUAUUUAAAAACUGUUCGUAAAUAUAAUUCGUUCUUUGUAUAAACUCUGCGCUUUAAUGAAUUACAAAACACUGUUUAUCGUACGUUAGUUUAUAUAAUUACAUUACUAACAUAAACUAAACAAAAAAUUAUUUUAAAGUAUCAAAAAUAUUCACUAGUUUGUAUUAAAUGACAUAUAAUUGUGUGUACGAACUAUACAUGUUUAUAAUGACUUUUAAAAUUGACUAAAUAAAUAAUUAUUUAUUAUUCGUGAAUACAUUUGGAUUCUAUAAUAUUAUUAUUACCCGUUAAAAAAUCAUUAUUCUUAUUAGUUUUUAAAUCUAUUGAACUUGUUUGAUAUUUAUUAUACAAGUUAAAAGUAAAUUUAGAUUUUCAAAAAGCUAUAACAUAUUAAAAACAAGAAAUUUUUGAGCAGUUAAAUAACGUUAUUAACGAUCCAAUAUCUUUACCUAUAUAAUAUAAUAUAUAGAUUUGCAAAUGAUUAUCACAAAAAAAUAGAUUGACUGAAUAACAUUUUUCGAAUAAAUGAAUAUAAAUUAUGUAUUUUAAUCUAUAUAUAUAUAUAUAUAAAGAUCGAAAUAAAUAAAAUAACGUUUUGUAUGUAUUAACUCGGUGGUUAACGGAAAAAGUUCACACGGAAUAAUGAGUUCCUCUUACUAGUUUGGUAGGUAUUUAUUAGGCUCAGAUCAAUAUCAUUUUUAUACGAUACUAAAUUAUGAUACUUUACCAAUUCUAUAAAUUAAACAACGAUUUCGUUGCCAAACUAAUCUUUGUUCUAAACAGAAAACAUGUAUUUACGAUGAAUUGAUACGUGUAUUGUGCCUCCUUUUAACCUAUAAACACACAUACUAUAUUAUUAUGUUAUUAUACUUAAUAUCAAACUAGCAUAUGCCAAUUGCUUCUAAUAUUAAUGAACCAUCAACCGCCUUAUUUGUGAAAAUUAAAAUCGUUUACUUAAUAUUAUGUUAAUAUAAUAUAAUUAUUGGAUAUUACAGAUAUAAUAAACUAAACUGCCUUUAUCACAUUAAUGCUUUUGGUUGAAGUAACGUAGCAGAUCUAUAGUUUUAAUGGCAAUUUAGUUAAAAUAUAUCGGUACCUAUCUGUCUGGUAUCACAAAGGAUAGUAUGAUAAGAUAUAUAGACAGAUACAUAGACAUAGAGAGAAAGAGAGAGACAGUUAGAGACUUAUUAUCACUUGUAUCAUCAUAAUUCCAAUAAAAAAUGGCGGAUCAAGACGUCUUUAACUAUAGUUCAACUCUUGUCACUAUAUAGUAGCUAGUUUUAUAUUUUAUACGUCUGUGUCAAACUAUUUCACCAUAGCAGGAAUAUUGAAUACAUUUCAUAACGAUACUAACAAUUAUCGCCAUUAUAAAUGUACACAUCAAUUUCUUAAACGAAACCAUAUAGGUACCUACUAAAAUAUUAUGACAGAUUAUAUUUUGUAUUAUGCGGUUAAAAUAUUUUAUGUAAUAUAAUAAUAAUAUAAUGGUUGAAUAAACAUAUUAUGACGAAAAUCGUUGCGGUUAUAUUGGGGCGUAUGAAGUAGUUUUCUGACGUGUCCGAACAAGCGCUCUCUGUUAUUUUAUACGUUUUUUAAAAAAUGAAUUUAUUCCAAAAGAGUGCGCUGCAAUCUAUAUAUUUACUGUUAUUUUGGUGGGUUUUUAGUAAGUACUUUAUUAUAAUUACUAUGACGCAAAAAUUAACCAUAGAUAUCCCGAAAACUUGAAUUUGAUUCCACGUCGAUUAGGUACAAAUUGAAAUAUUUUGUUAUUUUCCCUGUUGCGGAUAACGGAGUUUUUUUUUUGUUUUCGAGCCGGGAUAUUGAAAUAUAUUAUGAUAAUAUCGUAUUGCGAGCAUACAUAUAGGUACUCGUAUUAUUCUAACCGCAUAGAACUGCAGUCAGAAAAAAAAAUGAGAUAAAAUAAUAUUAUAAUAUAGAUACUAAUAUUUAAAAAUAUUGCGUUCACGGUUUUUCGGGCUCGUGUGGAUAUGUAUGUUUUUCUUUUUUUUUUAUUGAGUCUCGCGGUUUGAUGCCAUUGGCCACGUUGAUUUUACAAAAUACGCGUUAUUAUAAUAUUUCGAUAACUGGUUCUCAAUGUUUUUCGACUAGAAAAACACCUACUUAUAACAAAAUUGUAUACGCAGGUACUCGGGUUUAAUAAUAAUUAAUGUAUACAAUAACCCGCGGAAAACGGUAAACGGAACGCGUCACAAAUAUAUUACGAAAGAGUGUAAAAGAGAUUUUAACGGCUCAUAUUUAUUCAUGUCCGUUGCAUUCACGCACUUAAGAGGCACUUCGUUACAAGGUGAAAGGGGAAAGGGUUGGUGGUUUUUUUCUGGAAAUUGCGUCAUGCAGUGUAAUAAUUAUUGACGAUGUCAAUGUUGUUUUCAUUUUUUUUUCUGACGAUUGUUUUUGACGAAUUUCAGGCAUUACAUUAAGGAUUUUUUAGAUCCGUGAAUGACUUAUUGUCAGUCAAGAGGAUUGGUCGAGCCAGGUAUUCCGAAAAAAAGCCAAACAAAUGUUUGUUUUAAAAUUGUCUACUUUUGUUAUCGCCAUAUUCACUAUACUGUUGUGUUGUACUAUUUAAAUUUACCGUGAUUAUAUUUAAAUCAUGUCUAUGUAUAUAAUAUAUAGGUAAUAGGUACUGCAAGGUUGUUAAAUUAUUUUAUCAAACUGAUUGAAAUUUAAAAGAGUUGCGAAUUUUAAAUUCGGAAUAUAACAAAGAAAUUAUAUUCAGCUAGUUUAGGUUAUAAAUACUAUAAAGCUAUACGGUUUGUAAAAAUGCUUCGGUUUUUUUAUAUUAUUUUUCAGCAGUUCAUCUCGUAGGUUUUUUUUGUGUUGUUUAAUUGUAUUGAUUUUUUUUUACCUAUCUUGGGAAAAAAAGGGAAGCCACAACCAGUACUACUCUGCUCAACAUUGUUUUAUUUUGUGUUUGCAAUGUUUUAUCGGUGCAUACUAUAUAUUACAAAGUAUUAUUAUAUUUUAUUUUGAUGAUUAAACUCCUUGUUGAGGCAUUGGGUAAGGUGAUAAGAGUAUACUUAUGAAUAUUAGUAUACAAAUAGUGAUGAGGUCCAAAAUUAGGUUGAGGUGACGCAACAUCCUAUGUAGAGGUUGGUUGUGCUUAUAGGAGAUGAAAUGGGUAGGAAUAAAAAAACAAGUUUUUAGUGGGUUGAGAGGGAACGUGGAAUGAGAUAGAGCCUAGCUAGUGAGAAACAUUAAGUGUUAUUGUAAACUAAAUUAUCCUGCAUAUCCUAUGUCUUGCCAACUAUCCAUCUAUAACAGUGGUCUAUCCGUGAGCAGUAUCGGCUCUUUCAUUUAGAGCUACGCAGAACACGUCCGAACUAGGGGAGACUACGUCUGUAGCUAAUAACAUUUUCUUAAUAUAAGAAUAAUUUUUUUUUUACAACUGGAAUUUCGAGCUGCACACCCUGUGCUGUAAAGCACAUUGUUUUAAUCUCUGAGUUAAUAUAUAUAAAUGUUUAAGUAUGUCAUUACAUUAUCUGUUAUAGAUCAUAUUAAAAUAAUCACUAUAAAAACUAUUUUGUCAUGAUUAAUAAAUGUCUUAAACGAUUAUGAUUUCCCCUUAAAAUGUGUCGACGAAUGUUUAAAUUAGCCUGAUGGUUACGAUAGUGAUGGUGCGAUCACGGGAAAUUGUGUUUGUCAGGCCGGCAAAAUUUUUCGCGUUUCGUUUCGGAUUUUUAUAAAAUUCUAUAAUAAAAACGAAAUUAAAGUCAUUGUAAAAAACUAUGCAAUUUUCGUAAAAAAAAGUUUCAUAUACGCCUGACAAAACCUGAUUUACUUCUUACGAUGGUACGAUUAUUGAGUUUAUGAACAAAGAAUUUACUUCAUAUUGGCUAAAGCAUGUUUUACAUAAUAUAUUGACAUUUUUUUAUUUAAUUAUUUAUUACUGUGGAAAAUUGACAAAUAACCUAUUAACAUUUCAAAGUUUUAUUCUCGUAAAUAAUAUUGUGUAUAAAAAAAAAAAUGUGAUCUGAGAUUCAGAUUAUUUGAAAAGUCUCAUCCUAAUGGAUACCAUAGCUAGUGGUUAUUAAAAAGUAAAAAAUAAUAAUUUUUAAAUUUUACGAAAAUGGAGAAAAAUCGAAAACCCUUCUUAACCCCCUUAACACACACACACACACACACAACAACGUCGUGUAGCAUCGAUGUUAUAUGGGUAAUAAUACAAACACGCGGGCUCUGAGGGGCAGUCCCCCAUAAAAUAGCAUUGGAAGCGGAGGCCUAUAACACAACAUGCACACAUGCACGCACAAUUAUACACACACACACACACACACACACGCACACGAGACGACGGCAUUCCUUCGGCCACUGACCUUGGUACCAGACCUGGCACACCAUACAAGUAUAUAUUGUAAGUAUAUAUACACACAAGAACACGUGUGUGUGUGUGUGUGUGUGUGAGAGUAUGUGUGCGCGUGUGUAUAUUUGUGUGUCCCUAUAUCGUAUUUCGACUUGUCCGAACUCAUCGCCGAUUCAUCUGCACCACCGCGGCCGCCUCCUUCCCGCCGCCGUCACCUUACCCGCCACUUUUCCCUCUUUUAUUAUUAUUAUUACUUUUUUUUUUCUAACGCCACACAGUAUCCGCUCGUUUCUAUCGCCGCAACAUUCCAACGUUUCCUCACCUUUUGUCUGCCGCCGCCUCGACCGACCCGCGUGUUGUUCUUCGCCAACAACAGUGCGCUGCAGCAUCGGCACGCGGCGGCGGAGAUGGUGCGCCAGGCCGGGCGUCGCGGUCCAAAUAUUUCUUUCAUUGUCCCGUACACAACAUUGUGUUAGAUUUUCGCAUAUAUUUGUAUAUUCGUUCUCUACAACGAUAAUAAUAUUUUAUUUUACCGUUUCUCAUAUUUUAUGCUAUGUAACUGUAUCGCACGGUUUUGUCCGUACACAGUAUCGGACGAAAAUGAUAAAAAAAAGAAAACCGAAAACUUAAAACGAGUCUUCCCACGUUUCCGGGCCGUUUCCACCCUUGUUCUUAUCAUAGCUUAUCGUUGUCACCUUGUCGUUUAAUUUUUUUUAAAUGGCACUUUCUUGCCAUAACAAUCAUAAUCAACUAUAAGAAUGGUUUUUCAUUCGUACCACCAAGGUAAUGAGAAAUCAACAAAAAAAAUAAAUGCAGUUUUCAUUUCAAAAAUAAUAAAAGCCUUGUGUCAUCACGCACAGACAAAUAAUCAGACAGACACUUCCUUUUAUGAAUAUGUGAAAAAUAAAUUUAAUAUUAGACAGCGGACAGUUCAGGUUUUUUUUUUCGGACGUGUGGUGAUGGUUAGAGGCAUUUAGAGGACAUAACCGCCCUGUAUGGAUUUAAGGCAUCGCGCAUAAGCGAUUUUAUAUCGAACUGUACGCACAAGUUCACUUUUUAAAUUAAUUCAUUUAAUUAAUAGUCAAUUGUCACAAUCAAGUAUAUUAUUAUUUAUUUACGGUAUAAUAAUAAUUUCUUCUUUUUUGGUCCCUCAGGUCACGUCCCUUCGGACAGGAGGUUCUCUGAUUCACCAACUUUAUAGGUAUGCCUGUUUUCACACUGCAUUCUUCCCGUAUCUUUUGACUGAGGCUCUUUUCCAUAUCGGAUCUUCGGUUUUCAGUUUCUGACUUCCAUACUCUCCCUCUUAGUUUACUUCGUGGGUCUAAGAUACUGACAUCCCUCACGACGUCACAUCGUGAUAUUUAUUACCGAUGAAGACUGGCUGAUCGAAUAUUUUCCAUAUAAUUGUAUUUCAUUUCAAAGCAAUUAUAAUAAAAGUCCGCCUUCAUUUUUACUAUACUUCGUUUAAUUAUUCCAGAAUAACUUUCAGCGGAAGAAUCUGUCUCUAUUUGUAUAGCACGACCGUCUAUUAUUUUUAUCCAAAAAUAAAAUUUGUUAUUGAUCUCCGGCUUUUGGAUAAAAAAAAAAAAAAUUGAUUAAAUAUUUAAAUGUGUUCCAUAGUAUUGUGUAAUAGCACUAUUAAUAUUUUUUUUCUGUCUAAUGAAAUAGAAUGAAUAGAUGUGUUAUUACGUGGUAAGGAUAGUAUUUUAAAGUGAAAUUAAUUACUUAAUUUAUUUCAUAUGUAGGGGUACCGGACACAAAGUCCCCUACAGGUCACUAUAGCAUAUUUAUCUGGUAUUAAACGAUUAUGGUUUCUAGACUUAAACCAGCGUUUGUCCUCAUUUUUUUUCCCAUCGAUUCAAAUACAGGUUAAAAAUACCAUCAUAUUAUUGAGUUAAAUAUUUACAUGUGCGUUUGUCGCGUUUUUCAUUUUUAACGUGAUCAAAUUUGAUACUAUACUACUGCUCCUCAUGAGGAGCAUUGCAUGUUGUAUACCUCGUGCCCCGUGUCCUUUUUGUUAAUUAUUGUUAUGUUGCUUUCAUCGCAUCCGUCUAAAUUUCAUAUUGUUAUAAUAUUAAAGUCGAUCGAUUUAAUUGAGUUGCAUACACGUCGUGAUAAUUGCUAUUCGUCGAACUCAUCGCGAUGGUGUUUAAUCAUUUUUACAACGAAAAUUGUUGUACAGUUCCAACAUUUAUAAUGUUAUGUAAUACUUUGAAUAUUGCAGUAGGUUCUGGAGGUUGGGUUCAAUAUUUUAAGUGCUAUAAUAAUAUAAUAUUAUAGUAACGGGUAAUAUUAUGAUACUUAGAAUCUAACUUAAAAUUUAUUAGAAUAAUAUUCUAUAGAGUAUAUUAUUAUAAUUUAUAAUAAACGUACUCGUAUAGAUAAUUCACAUACCUAACUACAUAAUAUAUUUAGUAAUAUUAUCACAUACUGUUUGCGUUUCUAUUGUGAAUUACCUAUUAAAAAAAUAUGGUGUUUUAAACAUUUAAUUCCACGUAUUAUUAAUAUUAUUAUAAAUACGUUUAAACAAUUUAAUGUUUCUGAAAAAUUCGAUGAAAAUAUUAUUAUGUUUGCUAUAUGCAAUAAUAUCACAUUGCAGGAUUGAUCAAUAUAUUGAACUAAUUAAAAUAUUUGUUUUUUUAUUGACGUGCUAAUAAUUACUCGUUAGUAGUGUUGUUCAAUGUUAUAAUAUUGACAAUAAUUCUUCGGUAUAAAUUAUCAUUUGGCCAUUAAAUUGAUAUUAUCAACAAUACGAAAAUGAAAAUCGAGCAUUGAUUACAAAUUUAAAAUAAGAAAUCUGAAUAAUAUUGAAAAUAAUUAAUAUUAUAUUGAUCAAUAUAAAUUUAUCUUGGGAUUUUACAUAUUCUCUCCAUUCUUCAUUAUCUAGCUUCUUCAAUUUUCUAUAGUUCGUUGGUCCCAUGUCAGAAAUCGUAUUUUUAUUUAUUAUGAAUUAUGAUGUUCUUGGUUGUAAUAAGUAGUUUUUGUCAUUAACAUUCCGAAUCAUUAUAUGCCAUCUUUUAUCAUAUUCAAUAUAUUUCUGAUUUCAUUUAGUAUGUUGUCGUUUUUACAUCGUUUUGUCCAUCUUGUAUCAUUGUUCUCCAACACUAUGUCUCUAAACUUUUGAGAAAAUUGUCUAAUUUGAUCAGCAUUCAGGUUUCGCAUCCAUAUAAUAUCAUACCCCAGACAGAUACUUAAUACGAUUAAAAUCAUACAAUCAUACUUACUGAGUACUGUUUAAUAUAUUUCGACAUAUUUCUCAAGUUUAGAAUUUUUUUUCUUUUGUUUCCAGAUAGUUUGUUAAUUAGUUUAUUAUCACUUUAAACUCAGUUCUAAAGGCCUGAUUAAGUUGUAAAGAUCGCUAAACGAAGACUAAUAUGAUAGACGGGCGAUUUCAUUAAGUUUGCGAUUGAGGAAGACUAUAUUGAGCUUACAGAGACACCAAUGUUAUAGUGGAACUAUUGUGUUCAGGACAUUAUGUCAAUGGAGCCGGAAACUCAACAAAGAGAAAUUGGGGGCGAUGGUAGGUUUUGUUUUUAGUGAUUUGAAGAAUAAGAGAAUAAUUCAUUAGCAAGAUAUGAAAAUAUCAGAGUAUUUUGACUAAUUGUAAAUGUAUUUUCCGAGAAACAAAAAAAAAGUAUCUGUAGUAAAACUAAUAGGUUAUUCACUAUUGGUACUCUGCAGAAUCUAAAAUGGCUAGUCUAUAAAGUAGUUACAAUAUUACUAUACUUAAAAUUAACUAUCGGAAAAUGAUCGGAUUUUAAAAGAUUUUAUUUAAGCGAGCGUAUUACACCUGAAAACGUAAUUGCUAUACCGAAAAAUUAAUUUCAAUUCUAUAAAAACAAAAAAAAUUACGUAUUAUAAGCAAAUAGCUUUAUACUUGUAUAGCAAUACUCGUAUUACUGUUUCGAAUAAUUUUUUUUUUAACAUUUCGAUAAAAUAUGCGAGCAAUAUAGAAUCGCAUAUUUCCCCGUCACGAUUCUUUUGUUAGUGGCCAAUAGUCACAUUGCACUAAUUUUUUGACACAUUUUUCAAUCCAUUACUUUGUCUGAAAUAUAAAUAUAUCAAACCAGUGUUGUAGUGACCGCAAAUAAGAUACAUUUAGUUUUCGUGUACAUCAUACCUAUAUAGGGUACAGCCAUACUGGGUUUAUUCGCAGAAUUACACAAUAUUCUAUAAUAUUGCGCAUAGGAAAUUGUUAAAUACUGCAGAUACAUUGUAUAAUAUGCAAUACUACGUCUAUUUUUAAUUAUUAAACCUAGAUUUCGGAAGAAAUUAAUCACUAAAGAAAAUAUAUAUUAAUAUGUAUUUUAGAAGUACAGUAGGCAAUAUUAUGUUUUCUGCAAUAAUCAGUCAAACGGACGAAAACAAGUAUAUUGUGUAUUAUUAUGUAUACUUUUUUUUUUAAUCGUUUUUUCAAAUUGCAUCCGGUUUGCGUCACGUGUUAUACAAAAAAAAAAAAAAAAAAAAAAAAAAAAAAAAAAAAAAAAAAAAAUAUAAUAAAAAAAUAUUUUCGCUCAUCAUCACACGUAGUGUACGGUUUUUUAGGUGUUUUCCUCGAAUUUUAUCACCUCUGUCUCCUUCCCCUCAGUAUAUUAAUAUAAUAAUAUUCUAUCGCUGAUGGUUGUCGUUUUUUUCUCUGACAUAACUGCGCAAUUCGAUUCAAUAUUGUUUAAAAAAAGUAAAUAAUACAAUAUAUUUUUAUUAUUAUAGUAAUAAUUAUUCUGUAUAGAUAAUGUAACAUAAUAUGUAGCCUGUAGCUAUACUGCAGUGACGUCCCGCGGGAAUUUUCAGAAAACAAUAUUAUUAUAUUUCGAUUUUACGUUAUCGGUAUAUUAAUUCGAUAAUACUUUUUGAUUUUCACGUAAGCUUUUUGAAAAAAACAAAAAAUAAAAGGCUUAUUGAUGUACCACCGUUUUUGGAGGGAAGUUGGAAGGGAGAAAGUAUAAUAAAGUAAUUUAAUUUAUAUGUGUGCGCAAUGGUAAACCAUUGCUAACGAAAAACGAUUAUGAGCAGAUUAUUAUUUCCCAUUUAAUUAAGAAAACUACAAUAAAAAUUAAAAAAUGACUUCCUCAAUGCACUAACUAAAUCGCAAAUCUUAUAAAAAAGUUCCAAUAAAAUUUUUGAUUGAAACAAGAUAUCUGGUAAGAAAAUUGUUUACAGAACGAAAAAAGAAAACGAAAAAUACAUUCCUCGCUUAGCUCAGAAUCUAAAACAACUAGAAUAUAAUAUUAUAACGUUUCGUUUUAUUUUUUGUCGUUAUCGACGCGCACUGCACACGAACUCGGGUCUCUGCUGUAUAUAUUUGUUAGUAAUUUGGUAUAGUUUAUCAGUUAGUAUAAUAUUAUGUGUAAUAUAUGUUCGCCCGACAUUGUAGAGCGGCUAGAUAGUUCAAUGAACCGUAUUAUGCCGAAUUUUGACAUUAUCUAAAUCGUACGUUGUUCCAACUAUAUACAUCAUCAUAUUAUUAUACCUAUACAUAGGUACUACUAAUAAUAUUAUAAGUAGUUGUACAUUAUGACCCGGGCCACACACUGCCAUCGUGUGCAGUGAGUAUAAACUGUUUUUUUUUUUAACGGGGGGCCUUGCGCACUACAAUUAAUUUAUUAAACAAAAUCCGCGUUUUCGAGCAACUCGUAACCUUUUGCGCGUUAAAAGACGACGUGCAGAUACCCUCGCAUUAUUUACUGUCCCUGCAGUGGCCAACUAACGGGCGAGUUAUUUUAGAAAAACCUCAAUACUUAGAAACCGAAACAUUGAUUAUUAAGUUGACAUUGGAACACAAAAUAGCAAAAUAUUACAUAGUCGUGUCAGUUUCCGCUUUUUUAUUUAUUUUUUUAAGUAUCUUUUUUUCGUAUGACCAUUUUUUUCGAAAAAGUAGGUACAAUCCUCGAAAAUAUUAUCUUCUUUAAAUUUUGUUAUUUGUGUUUAAAUGGAAUUUAAAAAAGAAUUAUCGUCAAUGUUACAACACCGUGUGUAUACAAAAUUUUAUUCACCCUUCUUUGUCUGGGAGAAGAAGGUUCUGCAGGGGUAAUCAGAGCUAAAAAUAUACCUUCCUCCCACAACAACACGGUGCAGUUCAUAUUGAAACCCAACCUGAAUUUAUCACUUUAAAUGGUCUAUAAAGUAACUCAAAACUCUGAAUUGGUGCUCAUUUAGUUUAAAGAAAGCUACUAUAAAUGUCCAAAAGUGGUAGGAGUGUAUUGCUGCAAUAGUCUUUAUUUGCGGUGGAAAUUCUACAAAAACCGAAAUACUUACAUUGUUUAAUAUGUAAGUGUAUACGUAUAGUGCGUAUCGGAUAGCCAAAUCAAACGGUAUAUAGAAACCGUUUUGAAAAGAAUAUUUUUUAGAUAAUUAAUAAUAUCAAUCGGGGCUGAUAGUGUGUGAUUAACAAUUUUUAAACAAUAUAUUCUUUUAGUUAUUUGACUGUGAGUGGGCUUUACAUAAUGUUAUGUGUGAGCUACUGCGAUACGCGGUUAUCAUGGACGCCUAUUAAGAGGGAGGAAGAGAGAGACAUGUGUCGCCCUUUGAAAAAUAUUAAAAAAUAUAUAAAAUAUGGUUUUCCUUGAGUCUUGACACACAACGCACAGCACAGCCUAGAUAAUUGUGGAUUCACCUUUUUGAAUUUGAGAAUUCGGUUACAGUCAUCGCUUAUCCCUUCGUUGUCACAGUUGGCUUUGCGUGCAGUUGUGUUGCUACGCGUAAUUCGAACAAUUAAUUUGAUUACCUACUCGUUUGAUUUCUUUUUAUUGUGUUAUUUAUAUUAUUAUUAAGAACUGGUCGUUGUUUUUUUUUUUUUUCAAAAUGUAUAAUGUAGGUACAUUGUAAUGGUAUUCUCAAACUAAAAUCUAGUCUUGGCGGGCGCCACAAUGCCGGACGUGAUAUUUCAUAAGCAUUUUUCGUUUUAUCCUUAUUUUCCGUUCAUUUACAAGUUUAGUCACGGAUUAAAUCGUCUGCAGUACUUUGCGGUGGAAAAAAGUUCAGUCAGAAAGAAAAUUAUUAUUCGAGUAUCGUGGACGUGACAGAAAUGAUUUUUGUGCCCAGCUCGAUACAAAUUAUUAUUACAACAUUUUUGACGGAUGAAAACAAUUCCAUUUUUUCAUUUUAUUAUAAUAUAUUAUUAUAAAAAUUAUAAUAUGAGAUUAUCAUGACGACGACGACGGGAGCGUAUAUGAAUGCGAUUAAACAGCUGUUUUAUAUUUUAUACUGCUGCGGGUCGUCGGGUUCGUGGUUUUUUUUUAUGUGGAUCUCAUUGGCUUGUCAAAUGUUGUUCGAUUGAUAAUAUUGUAUAAUCGCAUCAUUUAUUAUUCAUUAGAAAAUUAUAUAGUUUACUGCGUGCUGCAAUCUCUAUAAAGACAAAUAAUGUAUAGUACAAUAUGAAUGAAUUUUCGACUAUAAAAUUAUUGUUUUGAAAAUUAUAAUAUUAUCAUUGUCCCGUGUGUAUUAUUAUAAUUUAUAACAAUAUAAUAUUUUGUGUUCGCCUGUGUUUAUGUCGAUUAAAAUUAAAAUAUGUCGACGACAUAAACCGAGUCGAUGAUCAAGCCCGGAUUAAGGGGGCAGGGCCCGUUGACUCAUCGGUUUUUCUUUCUUUUCUCAGCUUACCGGUUCAUUAGGCAUUAAGCCUAACUAUUGCUGCCUUUACUAGGUCUGUCCACUUCUUUCAAUUGUGAGCCACGAAUGAUCGCUUGUUAAAUUCUACUCCACUGUUCUCGGGUUUCUGUCGACUAGGGGUGGGCCGAUACGUAAACCAAUACUCGAUAUCGGUGGUAUCGUUUUUUUUGUCAAACCCGAUAUUUUAAAAAUGUCUAUAAAAAUGUCUCUUGAAUUUGGAGAAAGCGUUAAAAAAAUAGAUCGAGGUUUCAACCGGUAUACCGAUUAAUUUCUGUAUCAACUCAUGGCUUUCGAUUUUAAAUAUCAAGUAUCGGUAGCAUAAAUAUUGAAAUUUCGGAUAUCAGUAAAAAGUUGAAUCGGCCUAUUCCCGCUGUCAACAACGUCAAUCCGCCGUGUUCUAGGUAUAUCCCCAGGGAUCAUCGUUUACGUUUAUAAAAAAAUCCAUAAACACGUUGAGCGCCACGAAACUUUAAUGUUAGUAAAAUGUCACUUGCCUUUGACCAAAGCGGCAUGAGGUUUUUGUCGUGGACUUCUUGUAAUCAUUUUGGUAAAAUAUAUAUUUAAACGAUUUGGAAAAAUCUAUUUCUAAUAAAAAAAAGUAAAUAAGUUAUUCUGCUGCCACGAUUAUACCAAAAUAAAGUGGCAACACUGUAGUAUUUAAAUCUGAUGAAAUUAUGCCGAUAAACGGGACCCAUUAUUGAAAUUAUCUCAUUUUAAAUCAGACAUAGCGAGAGGUUAGGUUUUACAACUUUUACAACAAGCACUACGCAUUGUUUUGAUGAAAACUCCGGGUGCUCUACGCAUUAAUAAUGUUUGCAUAGUACAAUAAUCUUCAAAAAAUAAAUUAAGGGGGCCCGUUUUCGAGGUUUUCGAAUUCAACACAAGAACUCGAUAGCUGAUGAUAACGUGGUAGUAUACAUCCACUCGUAGCGAUAAAAAAACAAAAAUGUAUAUACAUGAUAAUUCACUAAGCGUGCUCACUCUAUUUUUUUGGUUACAUUUUGCAUGUAUUCAAAUUCUGUUUUUGAAAUUUUUUACUGUAGUUAUAGCCGAUAUUUUUGAAUAUUUAGAUUUUUCACAAAAUCAAAAACCUUUUUUAACAAAAGGGAGUAUCCUGCGAUACCAACUUUGGUUUUGCAGACGAGAACCUAUGUAUUAAAAAUUUCAUAAAUAGACGGGUUAUUACUUGAAAUACAUUUCGGUGUCAAACAUUUCUGAUUUUCGUCAAUUCGUUAACGAUAUAUUCUACUUUUAAGUUUAGGUAGAGAGAGAGUAGUGGAAUAUAAUUCUUUUUUUGCGGCACGAUGCGCGGCAUUUUAUUAUAGUACUCCAAUGGGGCGAGUACGCUUAGUGAAUCACUCUGUAUAUUUUUUUUCUUUGGAAAGACCCACGUCUUAUUAUAUUAUAAUAUUAUAUACACCUAUGCGGACAGCAAUGCAGGUUCAAUCGAAUAAAUGACUAACAAAUGAAAAUAACCUCCGUAAAACUGGUAAAUUCGGUUUUCAGCGAGAGUUUACCGGCGGUGAAAACCGCGAACGCGGUCGUACUAUGUUCGCAGUAGUAUCUAUACGAAAAUUAUUUCAACAAGCAUAAUAUUAAGUAUAUUCUAAUAUUAUGCUGAAGCAUAUUGUUUUUAUUGAUUUUUACCAUUGUUUUUAUGACUAUACGAGACGUUGGACGCUGUCGAAAGUGUCCGUUGACCGACAAAAAUAAGAAAUAUAAUUUUAUUAUUGAAACAUAAUAAUUAUCACGAUAUAUUUUUUGUAUUUUUUUUUACUACGUCACAGCGCUCGCAGACGCCGCCUGAAAACCAUUCAGUUCUUCUAUCAUCCGUGUCUCGUGCUCAUAUAAUAAUACUAUAACAUAUUUAUAAACCUUGGUGUGAGUGCAUAAAUUAAUAUUAUAAUAUAAAUAUAUUAAAAAACAUAGUAAUGCAACCGCGAGAGUUUUUUUUUUAAAUUUUGAGUGAAGUAGGACGAGGAAUGUAUUUGUUUUACUAUACAGAAUGUUCCAAUUUGUUCUGCGGUUUUUUUUUUUUAUCCUUGUUAGUUUCAAUAUUGUUGAAUAUUGUUAUUAUAUUGUUUAUAUUCAAUUUAUAAAUAUUUUUUUUUUUCAAUCGAAUAUUCUUUCAGGAAGAAAUAUCCAUAGGACUUGUUAUUAUAUUUAGAGAAAAAUUAAUUUUUUAUUGUCACCCAUUAUUAAAAGCUAGAAAACGAAAAUUUUGUAUUUGUUCAUUUUUCGAAAUUUUCAAAAUAGCCAAUUUGCAAUAGAUUAUUGUUCUAAAAAUUUUAAUCUAACACACAUGCAUAUCCGAUGAAUAAUAUUCUAAUGGUAACGGUCGUUUUAAUUUCUAGAAAAAGGAUGUGAAGAAAUUUUUCUAGUCGGGGAUGUAAUUUUUCCUCGUAAUUGUCUUAAUAAUUCAGAAAAAGGGACAAUUUACACAUUCAACGCUGACGUUUUCAAAAUAUUCUGGUGAAUUUUUAGAUAUUUUAUAGCCUUUUGAAAUCUCAGAGCUUUUUUGGUGUUUCGUACGAAUACAAUAUAUUUAAUAAAACUUCGUUCGGGAUUUGUUUGUUAGCAGCAAUUGAUUUUUAUCAUUGUUGCCUAUACAGAUAUUAUAAAUUAAAUUACUUCAUAUUAUUUGAUAAUGUCCUACCAUCCCGACUCCCUCCUUUAUCUUUUCUUUCUGAUGUUUGUUAUCAAAAAAACCGUGUAUGAACACUGGUUUACCGCAAUUCUUGUGGUACUUACAAUAAAAAAAAAAAGAAGAAAAAAAAGCUGUCUUGGGAUAAUGGGAACGGGUGCAGCUAUUAGCUGUUAUAGGUAAUUUAAUAUAUACCUGUAAGCAACGAUAAACCAUUGCUAACGAAAAUACGAUUCUGAUCAGAGUUCAGAGUUGAUAAUGAUGCUUUGUCAGCAAUGUAUAUGUUAUAUUAUAGUAUAAUAAUUAAACAGGAAUUAUAUAUUUUCUUUAAUAAUAUUUGUUCAAUGUACCGAUUUUCUCGUUUUUCUUGGUUUUUCCACGUUUUUCACGGUUUUUCAAUUUUGCUGGGAAAACUCUUGGGAAAAUCGAAAAAUGUCCUCCUUAAAGUAUUUUCCCAGUCAGAUUUCCUUUCAGAAAAGUGCUACAAUUGUAAAUCGAAGCAAAAUUGCUGUUAGAAAAUAUGUUCACAGAAAAAAAAAAUCAUAAUAUUUUACUAAUAUAUUUCGUAUAUUUUUCCGUUUUUCGUCCCUAAAGUACCACCUUAGUCCGAUUUUCUUUUAAAAAAGUUACUACACUUAAAAAUCGGAGCCAGAUUUCUGGUAGAAAAGUUACGCACAGAUAAAAAAAAAAAUAUAUACAUCUUUAUAAAACCAUAAGCUUCUUGGCUCCACUCAAAAUCUAAGAAGCAUAAUAUUAUAUGUUAAUAUUAUUAUGAAUACUGUGCGCUGUUCGCUUCGUCUCAAGGUGAAAGGUUAUCACCGUCAUCAUCGUUAUCACACCGUCACCGUCAUCUCGUAUUAUUAUAAUAUAUUAUAAAUAAUAUAAUCAUCUUCCGGUCCGUGCAGUUCUUUUUUUUUACGAUUUUUUUUCCUCGACAUUCUGAACGCGUAUUAUAAUAUUAUUAUUAUUAUUAUUGUAUAUUGAGUCGUGUGUACAACGUACACAAUAAUAUUAUACACUCGUUAUUAUUUCUUUACGCAUGCGCACGUCCCGCACACGCACUUAUCAAUCGCCCCGAGAGAGUAUAAUAAUAAUAAUAAUAAUAUAAUAAAUAAUAUACGCACAAACGAAUAAUAAUAUAAAUAAUAUUCUCACACACACACACACGCGCGCGCGCGCGCGCGCGAGCGGUUCAUUCGUUCGAACCAUCGCCGCCGCCGCCGCCGCGUCCUCGACCCGUUAUUAUUAUACGGACGUGUAUCACACGGCGACGGCGGCGGCCCAGUUUACGCGUUUCGUGUGUCCUCCCCCGCUCCCGGUGUACACCGGCGACGGCGACGACGGCGACGUCCCGCCCCGAAAACCGACCGCCGCGACAUGCGUCGGUCGUUCCCAUCCCCCGCGGAGAUCCGAGUGAAGAACGCCGUGCACGGGAGGGUACAUAAUGUACGCGUACGUCGAGAUUCUUUCCUUCAUCACGAACCGCCGUCGCCGCCGCCGAUUUUAUUAUUAUGAUUAUAUUGUCUAUUGUAUAAAAUAAGAAACGGAGGUUUUUUUUUAUUUAUUUUUUUUCCCUCUAUUAUAGAAUGUUUUUUUUCUCCUCAAAACUGUACCCUCAUUUCUUCGGAAUAUAUAGUAUUCCGAUUUACGAUUUAAGGCCCCGAGGGAAGGGCUAUAACACAUCGGUAUAUGGAUUUGGGAUUUAUCACACUACCCUACGUGUAUAUGUACGAAUUGUUCGAAAACGGACUGCCGAGGCUUAAAAAAAAAAAACUACGUUCCUUUACAACUAUUGAAUUCGAUCCAACACAUGGGGGGGGNGGGGGGGGGGGGGGGUGAAGUCAAGUCGUGUAACGUUUCAAACCGAAUUCAAUAAUUAGUAGGUAGUUUGAAAAAAAAAAAAACAAACGGACAUACUACGCACUAUGGAUCACUGUGGGAAGUUGGGGAGGUUGAGAGGAAAUUUAAUGAAUAUCUGUACGAAACGAUUAACCAUUGCCAACGAAAAACACUUUUGAGCAGAGUUCGGUUAUACGUGUUUUGAAAGGUCGUAAUAUUUACGAUUUGAAAAUGAUGCAUUUUUAUAUUUUUCGCGGUUUUUCCAAUUUAUUAUGAAUAUUUUAGGAAAAAUCAAAAUAUAACGCCCCUUAAGUACCAAAUAGAUCUAUAAUUCUCAUUCAGAAAAAGCGCUACACUAGAAAAGUUGUUCACAGAUCAUUGUAAAACCAAUACAUCCCUCGCUCCGCUCAGAAUCAAAAAAAUACUUAAAUAUUAAUACUCCCACAAGCUAUACGUUUUUACUUAAGUAUAUAUUUAUUAAUUUUAUUUACCUAUACUAUUAAUAUAAUAUUAUGCAUAUAGGUAUUUAAUUUAUAUUUAUUUUAUUUUUAAUACAUUUUCUCUCAUUUCCGUAAAAAAAAUUACGGUGUUCAGAUUUUGGUUUAAGUACCCAGGUACUUUACUAUCACAGGGAAAAAGAGCAAUGACGAAAAGAUAAUAUAAUGAUAAUGAUUUGAGACUGACUGAUAGUAAUUAUUAUUGAUUUUUUUUAGGUAUUGAAUAUUACAAUAUUAAAUUCUAAUCAAAAUGUGUAUCAUAGUGAAUAUAUCUAAGUUGAUAAUACAUGUUUUUUGGAAAUAUCUUUGUUUGCGAAAAGACACGUACCUUCCCUCCGUCCCAAUAAAAAUAAUUUAAUAAGAUGACGCUAAAUAAAAAUAGUCGAGGAGAUCCGUCUACCCAAGUCUAUAUUAUUAUACAGCCACGGUUUCGGUGGAAAUAAUAAUUGUUAUAGACUCUAUCAUAGUUUCACAAAACGCGAUACGUAAUAUUAUAAUAACGGCCGAAUAAAAAUAAAAUAAAACAAUACAAAUUACAAUUUUCUGAAAAUCUCCGCGGACGAAAAUAUUGUUACGAAACAACGUUAUUGUAAUAGGUUGUAUGUACAUAAUAAUAAUAUUUUACACUCGUUUUAGUACCAGUUGGUAUGCCGCUGCGUAUAUUAUGCCGCGUGCAUCCUUCGGGUCGGUUUCUAUUUUUUUUUUCUCUCUAAAUAAACGUUAUUGUUUUUACCACAACGGUUGGCGACAGUGGUCGGCGUUCAAUGAAAAUAUUAUUCUCGAUUCAUUCAUCGCGGCGAUGGUGUGUGCAAUGCAUGUGUGCGUGCGUAUAAUGUGUGUGUGCGCGCGCGCCCGCUCUCGUGUGUAUAAAGGCGCGUCUACACCUGAUGAGCAUUGAGUAUACAAUAUUAUAAUACACGUUAUUCGCAAACGUUAAACCGCUCACGUUGAAUAAUUCGUGUAAAGUGAGCGAAUUCUGAAAACGAACGUGUGUCGUUAGAUCGAACACGUGUUUGUGUAUUGUCGGUCGGUACCACAUGAGACCUGCAGGGCCAUCAUUUUGCGGGAGGUUAUGCGGCUGCGAGAUUUUCAUUCAUAAUAGAAUCGGCCGUUAAUAUUAACACUGACCGCGCGGCUUAAAUAUUUAAUUUUUUGUUGUUAUUAUUAUUAUUAGUUUUUCGCGAUCGCGUUAGAUUUCCACAAAUCGUUUGUUUUAACGAUAGUUGUUGGUCCGGCGCCGCCCGGCCUGAGGAUUUGGGAAUCGGCCUCGUAAAAUAUUUGCGCUCGCUUAUAUGAGAAACCUCCCGGCGGGGGCGGACUUCACGAAGCGACGAGCUUACGGUUAUAUAUAAAGUUGUAAUAUUAUAUUAUACAGCGUAAGAGGCUUAAAAGAGAAAGGGGGUAUAAGAUUUUACCUCGGCAUAAUUGACGCGGUAAUAGCGGCCUGCUCCAGAAUAUUCGUAUCCCUAUUUUGCUUAGCAAGUACCGAAAUUCGAAAGAAAAAAACAAAUUUUCAGCACUGCACUUAUAUAGUUAAAACCACGCGGUGUUAGAAGAUAAGGUCGAAUGACUUCCCUCCCUCCCCCGUCAGUCCAACACUGGUAAUGUUCCGCUUUUUCGGAUGAAAACGUUUACAUUUUCCAUGUGCAUUGUAAAGAGCGCUGUCGGUUAGACGUUUUUGAGGAUAGGAAUUUAAUAUAUAGGUCUUGUUCUCGAUCGAUAAUAGAGAAAUGGAUGUGGAACACAUUUAUUUCAGUAUUUACGGGGUAUGCGGUAUGCUAUGUCUCUCUAAAAGUUUUGGGUAAGACAUUAAAACUGACUGUGUGAUAAUAAGCUACAAUAACCCGUGCCCGUACUAAAAGAAAUAUAGAACAAUAACGAAUUAAAUUUUUCUAUAGUAAUUACUAUUUGUUGUACAUGUUCUUAUUACGACUAUUAGGCAUUUAUUUAUUUGUUGUUUCAUUUUCUUUUUUUACUUCAUUCGUAUCAUCAAGGCAACCCAUAAAUCAUCAAAAAUAAUUAGAUUUUUGUAGCUAAAAUACCAACAAUCAAUAAUUGUGAGACCCCUGUCCUUGGGAGUGAUUUCGGGAAAAAACUUAGCUUAUAAGUAAUUCCUGGUAUAGAAAUAUACCAAUAUAAAUUUUUAACUCGAUCCGUUCAGUAAUAGUUUUGGCUUGAAGGAAACAAACGUCCAUCAAAACAAACUUUUAUGAUUACUGUAGGUUUGCCUUAAAAGAUUGACAUAAUAUACCAUCGCCGUACAUUUUCUGUAAGCCUUUUUAAAGUUGUUAGUGGUUAAACUAAUUUUGAUAAGGAAAUGUAUAAAUGAUAACGAACACGUAGUUGUAAUUAAAUAUAAUUAUAUAAAAUAGUAUAGUAUUAAAUAUAAUUACGUGUGAAAAUCAUGUAUGUAAUAUAAACCUUCCGGAAGAAAUUCUCUAAAUGAUAGUGAAAAAACCGUAUCAAAGUCCGUCGCGUGGUUUAGAAGAACAACGCGCACGGAAAAUGCGAAUAGCGACUUUGUUUUAUACUAUUCAGAACUGAUAACAAUAUUACGAUAAUGUCGAUAACAAUGAGCUACGUUUCGCUAUAGAACUGGUGUAUAAACUAGUGCUGAGUACCAAAUCUGGAUCGAUCCGAAUCCGGAUUAUGAAUAUCAAUCUAAAUUAUGAAUACCAAUCCUAAUUAUACAGUGUUUUAAAAACAAUUAUUAUUUUAUUUAUAAUUUUUUUUCUUAUCUAUUACCCGAUGUAGAGUUGCCUAAAAAUGAUAAAAAAAUACACAUAGGUACUUACCUAAUAAUCUGAUGCAUUAAAAUAUGAUUUAUCUCUGGACUAUUAUAAGUUGAGAAAUUGUGAAAAACUCGAAAACCCUGGAAUAUUUGUUGUUAUUAUCACAUUAAGUCGAUUAUUGAUAGAUCCGAGAUCGUAUAUUCAUACGUACAUUCAUAGUGUACAUGUUACUAUAGAUAAUAAUGAAAUAAUAGUCAAUUAUCUCAAAAACAGUGCAGCCGGAUUGGAUCUAAAAUCGAGAUUAAAUGCGAAUCCGGAUUAUGAAAUUGUAAUCCGGAUUGGUCAACGUAUUGUUCAGUACUAGUAUAAACGUUCGAUUUUUCGAUACGGGUUCGUUAAAGUUGCCUAUACGCGACCCCGUAUAGAAAUACCUAUCGCGCCGGGGUACGCGCGACGUCCCCUGCGCGUCGCCGCCGCAGCAUCAGGCACCCGUGUACAAUAAUAUUAUGUACGUGUACAACGGCGGUGACGUUCUGAGGACCGGCGGAGAGGACUACGAAAGAGAAAAAAAAAAAAAAAACGGCCGUUAAGCUCCUCUCUUGUCUCGGUUUAGAGAAAAAGAAACGUGUUAUACACGCGUAUCCCGUGUGUACAAAUAAUAAUAUAUAUCUAUAAGUAUACUCGUUACUCGUAUACGUAAAUGCGAGUGUUUGCGUCCGUAGAACGGUCGUCGUCGUCGUCGUCGUCGUCGACAACGUUGGCGGUGGGCACGUUGAACCGGGGCAGCGAGAUUUUUAUCCGUCGCAUUCCGCACAUUCUCCGAAUAGCUGUACACGUCUCGUUUCCAUUCCGCUAUACUCUCACUCGUACAAUACACACACACACACACACACACACACAUGCACACACAUACAUAUCUAACAUCGAAUGCAACGAAAACGCACACACACGCGCACCCACCCACCCACCCCAAUACAUUAUACUUAUUUCGAAUGCUCGUAUAUAACAUAAUACUCUUAUUGUAACAUUAAAUAUUAUUACGUUUCUAUGAGAUUCUGUCGUCGUAGGCGUAUAUUUUAUCAUAUUAAUAUUAUACCUACAGAGAAAUAUAAUAACGUUUUGAACCUGCAGUAUGUGUAUUGUCGGAUAUUUUUCAGUGGAUAUCCGUUGUGUACGUCCACUGCUGUCAACCACCGCGUCAACUUCCUAAAAAAAAAAAAAACUAGCAGAUGUAUAAAAAAACUUUCCCUUUUACUUUUAGGCUUUCCCCCGUAGCACACUUCACUCCAUCAAUGAGAACUGUACUUACUGAGAACUGUAAUACCGUACUUUAAUUUACGUUUGGAAGUAUAAUUUUCAAAAUCAGAAUUUUACCCUGUAAGAAGUCUUCAUCUUGACAAAAAAACGUCUCCCUUUUGAGAGAAGUAUACACUAAUGAUCUUAUGUCCCGAUAUCGACGUUUAUUUAUUUACAGCAACAAGUGAUUGUGAGUAAUGGAUUGAUAUGAAAAGUACUAAGUAUAAUUUUGUGUUUCUAAAUGUUUAACAUCGUUUGACUGUGUAUUUAGGAACAUAUCUCUCCGUUAGUUUUCACUUCGCGAAACAAUACUUUACUAGGUAAAUUAUCAUUGUUUAUUUUCCUGCUCACAUUUUUUUACAAUGGAAAUUUGUUAUAUUUUUUUGGACUCCCAGACAUAAAACAUAUUUAUGCCGAAACAUAAAAAAAAAACUGAAAUCGAACUAAUCUAUGGGGCAAGAGAGAACUCUGUAAAGCAUGUUGAAAGGUUGCAUGCAGUUCCUCUACGCAAUAUACUUGUAUUUUGUUUUCUUUGUCUUUCUUGCGCGUAAUAUUAUAGCAACAAAGGCAUUUCGUAUUUCAACACUUGCGACUCUUUGAUUAACUAUGAACUAUUGACAAAGGGCAAUAUCUUACGUUUUAUGAAGAAAAUUAGGUAUUUGCGUUGCCUUAACCCAGUGGUUUUCAACCGGAGUGACAUGUCACUCUGGGAUGACUUAGACUUGCGUAGAGAUGACAAAAAUUCUUAGGGGAAAAAAAUAAGUAAGAGAGUUUUAAAUGAUUCCGAAUAAAAUCGUAUUAUUGCGGUGACUGUCAUGUAAUUACCACUGCCGCCGUCGGAAUAAUAUCAUAUUCCCUCCCCGUCACUCGCUCUUCAAUAAUACCGCUAUUGCUACAAAAAUUGUAUAGAUACACCAAACGAGCAUAUCGCAAAGUUCUUAUCAUUAAAUUAUUUCUAUUUAUUCAGACUUGUUUAUUAUUUUUCUGCGUAUAUAAAUAUAUAUUUUUUAAUAAAAUCAUAAUUCUCUUCUAAACUAUACAGUUUAAAUGUUUAAAACCUAGCAAUUCAAUGCACAUAUUUUGUUGGUAGGGCGACGCAGUGUCGGAUUAUCAUGAAUAAGGGUGACAUGAGUCCUAAAUAAGAUCCACUGCCUUAUUCGAACGAUAUUUUAAAAUUAUUUUCGUUUUUACGAUGAAAAAAUACGUAAUGUUUCAAUGUCAUUUGAUUUAUCUCAAUUUUAACCCUUAGUAAUUUAUUAUAAGAAAUGAAAAUACUAAUAAAAAUCAAUCGACUAAGACAUAGAUACAAAUGCUAUUCUUUAUAAAAUAUGUAUAAUAAGCCUCUUUGCUCUAUUUUUAGAGUCAGAAUCGUGCGAAAUGUCGUUGUUACUGUAUUAUUACAUGAGAGAUAAUCAGAGAAAAUAAAUGUUUUGUAAAAGUCCAUUAAUGGUUUUUACAUUUUGAAUAAAUUUACAAUUUAUAAUACUUAGAUUGUUAGGUACUUAUAUAAUAUAAUGUUAUGUAUUAAAUUGUUUACGGUUUGUUUCAGGAAUUUGGCCAUGGGUAUCGGUAUACAAAAUUUUCCGGAAGGACUGGCCGUAAGCUUACCUCUGCAAGCUGCUGGAUGUUCAAAGUGGAAAAGUUUUUGGUAAACUGCAAUUUUCGCAAUUUAAUUUAUAAUAUUUUACCUGUUUAUUAGUGAACAGAAAUAAAUAAUUUUAUCAACAUAAAACCAAAAACCCACUAAAAACAAAACUCAAAGAUGUAAAAUGCCUAUAUAAAAUACUUAAAAAUCACCAUAACGUUUUGAAAAAUUUACCACUUCUAGAAAAGAUCGAUGUAUCAGAUAUUUAUGAUUAUUUCUUAUCGAAGUGUAGCAUUUUGUCUGAAAGUAAAUUUGAAUUGAGUGGUACUUUAAGCUGGUAAUUUUUUAAUUUUCUAAGGGGUUUUCAUAAUAAAUGAGAAAAACUUCGGAAACACUCUGAAAAAUUAACGAAAUAUAUUAUUUUCAAAUCUUAAAUAUUAAAGCUUUUUAAAAAAUGUAUAACUGAACUCCACUCAGAAUCGUUUUUCGUUAGGAAAGAUUAAUCGUUGCGUAAAGAUAUAUAUUAAAUUCCCAUCUAUAUCCUACCUUCCUUACUUCUCAUUUACAACAGUGGUCCAAUUUUUCGUGCGAAGCAUAUGUCCGUUUCUUUUUUCAAUUCGUUUUUACCGGUUCUUCUAAAUUACUAUGAAAACUACUACUUGAAAAAUCUAAAAAUUACUUAUAUAAUGUACUAAUCAGAUUUAAAAUGCAACAAAAAAAAGGUCUUGUUUUUUUGAUUGGGACAUUUCUGGUAAUAAAAUGGAGAACAGACAGAAAAAAAAAGAAACACAUAUCAUGUAUAUAUUAAAACCAAUAAAUUCAUCGCUAUGCUCAGAAUCUAAAAAUAUCGUUUUAUCCCUUAACACUAUAGAUCAAAAGUUCAUCUAUUUUAAACGAUUUUCACUAUAGAAUACAUAGUAUAGAAAAACGAAAAUACACCAGCUACGUAUUAUGUCAACAUUUAGCAAUGGGAAAAGUGGAAUUAACAAAAAAAAUACUAUGCAAUUUUGCAUAGUUUUUCGUAUACAAUAUAUAUAUAUAUUAAUCCAACGGAUUUUUUGUCGUUACUUGUUUUAUAAUAUUCGUAUAUAUUUGUUGAAUUUCUUGAGGUAUUCUUUUUCGAAAUUUCGUUGCCUAUACGCGACCCCUUAAAUAAAAUACUUGGUGUGCGACGACGUCUACUUUUAAAAUGUGAUAUUUAUGCGCGUCUGUACGGUUUUUUUUUCCGCCGCCGUCGCAGUCGUCAUGCUCGUCGACGCGAAUCCUCCGCAGUCUUUGGAAAUCGGAAUAUACCUAUAUUCCCCAAGUUUUAUAGACCAUAUACACGUCUAUUCACAGUGUAUAAUAUUAUGUGUUUUAUAUAAUAAAAACCGUUAUAAUUCGUAUUAGUAUUUAUGUACUCUACCCGUACUAAUUAUAAGGCGCGGUCCGUUCCCCAUUUGGAAAAAUGAACACAUUCUACAAGUCGCGUUUAUGGAAAUCCGGAUUUCCGUCGGACCGCCGCGCCGCCGCUGCUACGAAUUCCACGGCGAUACCAUAAAUCAAACGGUCGAUGAUUUGCGCGAGCGGAAAAAAAAUACUUAUAUAUAAGUACGAUUUUUAUAUAAUUUUCUCUUUUUCGAUUAAAUAGCAGCACUCCGUCAUCGUAUAUAGAAAAUUAUAUUAUAUACGUAUUCGUCUAACCUAAAAUAUCCGUCGUCGUAAACCGAUUAUUAUAGCAAUAGGUUUUUCAAAACGUAAUCACUAAAUAGCCAUCGGAUAAUAUUUCUCUGUACACUGUAUACACGUGUACAAAUUUGUUAUAAAUCAUCUAUAAUAUAGAUUCUAUACUAUAUAUAAUAUACAACAGCGAAACAACGGGCAUUUCAGCACUUCUUUAUUUUUGAAACGCGUAUAAAUACUUAAUAAAAAUCAAGUUAUAAACUGUAUGAUUACAAUAAUUCAAAAAUUAGUCUUCAUGAGUUAAUAUUUUCUAUAUUUCCGGUCAACUCUGACAAUUUAUGGGGAUGGGCCGAUAACUAAACACUAAAUAGGUACUCGAUAUCUGUGCCGUAGGUUUUAUUUUUCAAAAUCGAUAUUUUCAGAGAAAAUUGUCUCUAAUGUCUCUGCAAUAUGAAAAAAAGCAUUUAAAAAAGAUCUGGUAUUAAUGAUGGGAGCAGCCACUGUUGUAGGAGAGAAAUCGGGAAGGUAGGAUACAUAAGGUUAUUUCAUUUUUAUCUGUAAGCAACUAUAAACUAUUGCUUGACGAAAGACGAUUCCAAGCGCUUCCAAACUCCCAAAAAUUAAAAUUCCUUAAAAUCAAAGUUUUGGUGAUGAUACCUUAAGAAAGUAAAUCAAAAAGGCAACAAAAAAAGUGUCUUGUGAUUUUUCGAUUAAAUCAUUUCUCUAGUAGAAAACGUCGUUCGUAUUUUUGUAAAACAAUGAAAUCGUGAAAUUGUACGUUUUCCUACGUUUUUUCCCACUUAAGUGAAUUAAAUUUGUCAUCAAGACAACUUGAGCUUUCAGAAAAGGUGCUACACGUAAAAAUCGGUGCAAGUUUACUAGAAAAAAACGUAUCCACAGACUAGAAGAAAGAAGAAAAAAAAUAAACUUCUUAUUAAAUCCCAUAGCUCCUUCGCUAAGCUGGGAAUCUAAAAUUCGAAUUUUCAAUUUAUAUAUUGAUAGCAUACACCGGAAAAUUUUAAAAACCGUUAGAAUGUUUUGACCAUGUCUAGAAAGUGCUAAAUUAUUGUAUUUGGUAUAAUUUCUAACCGAAUUACAACAAAAAAAUCGAAAAUAACUGUUAUUGCUUAUAUCGUCCCGUGGUUUAAAAAUUUUUUUUUCCGAUUUUUCCCAAGAAAUUAAAAGAAUAACAAAUAAAUGGCCCUCCUCGAUGCACCAAUUAGACGUGUUACCGGAAAUCGCCUUUGAAGUUGAUGAUCGGAGAAAGUUUAUUUAAAAAAUUAAAAAAAACAUACAUCAUAACAUAAUCAAUACAUUCCCCGUUACGCGCAGAAUCUAAAAAAUGCGUUGUUUAAAAACCAUUAUAGAAUAAAUACGAGAGAACAGGCUUAUUACUAUAUCUAUAUUUUAUUUAUUUUUUUUUCAUAUUCGUGAUAAAAAGUCAUUAAUAUAAUAUUAUAUACGAGUUGUAUUAUUUUUGUUUUCAUUAUGUGUAACGCGUCCGCAGCAAAAUUAAUUUACACUCGUUUAAUCCUUUUUCUUUUUUGUUCAAUGUAAAUUUACAAACGAAACGAAAAUUGUAUAGGCAAUAUAAUUAUUGUAUAAUAUGUAGUUAUGUAAUUUAAUAAUUUAAUAUUCUAAAAAAUAUAUGAAUGGCUACGUGCUUAUCGCGUUUAAUAUAAUUUAUAAAUGGUUUAUUAUUAUUAUGAUUAUUAUUAUUCCAUUGAUAUCAUCAUCAUCAUCGUAUCAUUGACUCAUAUAAUGACUCUUUUAUAAAUCAUAAUCAUAUUUUUUCUUUAAUACCAUCGUACGCAUAUAAUAUUAUAAUGUGUAACGUAAUGUAUUUUUUCUCUUUACGCUAUGUAUACAGGGUAUACUGGGUGAUUCUUUUAUCGUUCAACUCUCGUUAUUUCAAAAAAAUAUUUAUUAUUAUUUUCAAACACUUAAGAAACAAAUAGUUCUAAAAUGUUAAAUUAUCGUUUUUUUUUUGUCACCCUUAUUUUUGGGGAUGAAAUGAUAACCUACUUUUGAUUUUCAAAUGGCAACCUAUAUUGAAAAUGUCUUAAAUGGAUGGAGUAUAUUAGUCAAAGUAAAUUUUGGUGUUGAAUAAGAAUAAACUAUUUAUGGUUAUCUUCAGAUUUUUCGAAAAUAAUAAAAUGUAGUUAUUUUUUUACUAAAAUAUAAUUUGUUUCAAAUAGGUAUACAUAUUUUCAUUCCUUAUCCUUGCAAUUAAUAAAAAAAAAAAACAUAAUUUGAUUAUUUUUAUUAUCUCCGGAGACAAUACAAUGGGUAUAUCUUUGUGGGAUACCCUGUAUGAGUAAGAUUUGAUAAUUUCAUAUGCAAUUACAUAAUAUAUACGUAUAUGUAUAGGAAAUUGUCAAAUCAUGCAGAUAAACCCAGUAUAGUAAUAUAAAAAAAAAAAUUUAAACAAAUACCUCCCAUGAUGCGAUGUAGUUUCAGACGCGGCAUAUUUUCUUAAAUAUUAUUGAAAGAGCGUGUCACAGUAACAUUUGCCGUCUCUGUCUCUGUCUUCUCUUAACGGGCUAUCUAACAAAUAUGCGUUUUUGUAUUUCCAUUACUACUCAGAAUCUAAUAUGCCUAGAAUAAAUUAAAGACCAUACAAUUUACUAUAUGCUUUUCCACGAAGAUUUUCAAUAUUAUAUUCAUUAUUCAAUUUUUACCGGGAUAAAAAAAAAAAUAAAAUAAAAUAAUAUUUUUUAUGAAGUUUAAAGUAUGAAUAGAUUGUCUUGGAAAUAGAUAUCAGAAAAAUCUAUCGGUGAAAUAAUUUUUUUUCUAAGUCUAUUAGAUCUUGAGUAGUAUCGAAAGUAUGAAAAUAUUGUUGGGACGGCAGAGAUUUACUUUCUCGGUCCGAUUAACAGCUGAUAUAGUAAUACUUCUAGCGUAACUUAGAAUAUUGAAAUUGUGGCGUUUAGAUUGACAUCAUAUUUUAAGUGCAAAAUUUAAAGAGAAUAUUUCAGAAAAAACCAACGUCGUCAUACUUUUGAUAAUAUUAUCUCUUAUUUGGAUUUCGUUAUUUGUGUGUUUAAACUUUAAUUUCGACCACAAUGACACGAUUUUCAUUCUAAGUUAAGUAAUUUUGCUGCGUUAUAUCGGGACGGUAUCACGUCCUCUUAAUGAUUCAAAAAUAUGAGUUUAAUAAUAUGUUAUGAUUAUGAACCAUAUAUGUGUUGCAGUAUCAUUAUUAAUUUUUUUUUUUAGGUUACAUUUUAAGAAGUCCAAUGUCUAAUAUGUAUCAAAUUUAUAUUAUAAUAAUAUAAUAUAAUAUUUUAUUAACGAACGACUUCAAUUAUUACGCGUACCUUUAAAUAUUUAAAAAAACAUAAUAUGUAUAGGUUUUUUUUUCAAUGAUAAUUAUUAUUUAGCUUUACGCGAGAAAUGAAUAAUUUUAUCAUUAAGUUUCGUUUUAAAAUCGCACCACGUGAGAUUGGCUAAUUCUACUUUUUAUAUGCUAUCGAUACCCGAUAUUAAAUAUUUCAAACCAUGAGUAAUAUUGAAAUUAGUCGAUAUAUUGCUUAAAUACCGAUUUAUUAAUACAUAUUUCAUGAUCCAAAAAUACUGCAGUAGAUAUUUUUCCCCGAAAAUAACGGGGCAAAUAUCCGUUUUUGAAAACAAAAAUCGAUAUUUUACAGGGUUUCAAAUAACUAUAGCUCUAUUCAUCCGAUAUUUGAAUACUUUCGCGUAUAAAAAGUCGUUGAAAAUCGAUUUGCGAGGGUGAGAGCGAGGGACAAGAGCAUCAGGUACAACCCUUUCCAUUACAGAAAUCAAAAGCCGUACAUUUAUUUGAAUUUCUACAUUAAAUUACAAUAAUUGAACACAAAUUGCAACUAGCUAUUAUGAUCUAUUGGGGAGAGCCCCCCUCCCUGCCGACCGUGUAGGUGUCCUCGCGAAGAGAAACUUUACAAAACUGUCUGGUAAAGACAAAAUAGUCCGUUGUUAUAUGAUUUGUUGCAUUUUGUUAUUUGUCUAUAUAGGUACGGACAACUGAGUGGUAUGGUGGAGCCGAUCGCGGGACUCGUGGGCAUAUUUGCGGUAUCGUUGAUCAAGCCGCUGUUGCCAUACGCCCUGGCGUUUGCCGCGGGCGCCAUGAUCUACGUGGUCGUCAACGACAUCAUACCAGAGUCGAAUACUAGGUAAGAAACGCAUUCAAAUAAUAAAUAUAUCUAUACGAUGAUCAUAUAAGACAAUUUGGGCGUUUGGGCGAUUCGAUAUUUAUAUAGCUGUAGGAACUAAGAAACAAGUAACUGAAAUUACUCGGCUAGUGGUAACCGUCCAUUUAUCUAAUAUAGGAAUGGAUCGAGCAUAGGUUUGAGAAACUGUACAUUGAUAAAUUUAAAUAGUAUAAGCAUAUAAUGUUUAUACUUCUAUUAAAUAUAAGUUAGUUAAACUCAAAUUGAGUAAUUAUUUUGUUGAUUUCAACAAAUUCAGACUCUCCCAAUCAGAGCCAUGCCUAGAAGGGUGCGAGAGGUGCACAUGCACACUCCCGUGGGCACUCCUGCCCAUGAAAGUUUUAAAAGUUCUGGAAUAUGUUUUAGCCUUUAGGCGAGGAAGGAAGGUGAUAGGGCGAGGCAUACAACUAGGAAUCGGCGAUAACGUUGCUCAGUUUCUGUCUGAUUGGGCUACGUUUACAGCUGACUCCGCACUCUAGGAGUGUAGGCCGAGUUGGGGAAAAUAAUGUUAACACAGUCCUCCCCAGUCCAGUGGUGAAUAAAGAAAGAAAAAAAAGAGUUUAUUGGACUUAGACUUUGAAAAUUAUAUUUUCAAACGCUAUAAUUCGAAUUUCAAUUUAAUAAUUUUCUAUUAUAUUUUUUUUUAGUGGUUGUUGAUUAAAUUGUCGAAAAUCUAAGUCCAAUGCGCCUAGUAGAAAGUUGUUUUUUCCAAAAUAAAAAAAAUCGAAAGUGAUCACCUGCAGGAGAGUUAACCAUGUAAACUGUGUAAAAAAAAAAAGAACAGAUCGUUCACAGGUCCCUUAGUACAAAAAUUAAAACUGAUUAAAUUUGUUGUUAACAACCGUUAAGACUUUAUAACAAACGAUCCUUAACCAAUUUUCAUUGACGGAUACGAAACGUACUCGAUUCUCGAUAAUAUUACAAUAUAGUACCUGCGAUUAUUUUGUUAUUAUAACUUCUUCGCCCACGCGAACCCCCGCAGUAUAUUAUACACGACGUCGCCUUCUUCCCGGGACCCGCGCAUCGCUAUAUUAUUAUUUAAUAAUAAUAAUAAUCGUAUACGACUACGAUAAUAAUAUUAUAUAUUAUUAUUAUUAUACAUGUACGUAGGUAUACGCGCGUAUAAUAUAAUAAUAACUGCACGACGAUCGUUUGCAAUGUGACCCUGACGCCAAGUGAGGUAUAUAAUAAUAAUAAUAUCAAUGAUGAUGGUUUCUCGCUCGCUCUGGGGGUCAUAUAACUGUAAAAAUCUUGGUAUGCAAUCUCCUUUAACGCCAGGAAUGCAGCAGUACGACUACACACAUAUAUACAUAAUUCGACGAUUCCUUUGGUCGUUAGCGCGCGCUGCGGCGGCGUCGACGACGACGACGAUUUCUAUGGCGUCGACUAUCGCGACCUCUAUUGCCUACUACGGCGUUUCGCGUGUGCCGGACGUUCGUCAUGAAUGGGCCGCCGCCGCCACCAGAUUAUCGAUAUUUCGUCCGGCGGCGGCGGCUACGACGGCCUUGUAACCGAGAAACGCAGAGGCUGUGUAGGCUGUCGCCGCCGCCGCCAACUCGGAGGCCAGGGAUCCGCCGCCUUCUCUGUAAUACGCUUAACCUCAUACCACAUACAAUUGGGUCUUUUUUUUUUUUUUCCAAACGAUAAUAUUAUUUUCGUCGCCAAAAUCCUAUACAAUAACAUACGCGGCCGAACGGACCGAAAAUGACGGUUUUAAUAAUAGAGGCGCACAUCAGCACAUCGGCAGCUUUCUCUCGUAUUGUCGGGCUAUUUUUAAAAAUCCGUCAUAAUUCACACACACUUACACACGCACACACUCGUCGUUACUUUUUUCUCGUGUUAUAAGCGUCACGCAAACGCGCAAAAGCGAAAACGGAGAAUUUAGAUUACAUAAAAAUAAAAAUAAAAAUUAUAUACGCGUAUUAUAUCGUUUUUCUUUUUUUAAACUAAAACACGUCUGGUGCCUUCGCCAAAUUCCCAUACACACACACGUUUUAUAUAUCUAUCUAUCUCAGAGUAAAGAUGUGCCAGAAAUAUAUUUAAACAAUCGUCUCGUCUGCGAAAGCCGACCUACAGGGGGUCAAAAAAAAAAAUUUAAAAGAAUCCGACAUACUUCGCAUCAUGGGUGUGCCACUGUUGUAGGUGGAAAGUAAGGAUUGUAGGGUAAUUAUAUCUAAAAAUUUCGACUUUUCAUCUAUAUAAUAUUAACACCUAUUUUAUUGUGCACGAUAAAUCGUUGAAAACGAAAAACAAUACUGACUGAGAAUCGAUUAAACAAAAUAUAUUUUGACUAACUCAAAUUAAGAAUUAUAUUGUAACCGCAAAAUAAAUUAUAACUGUAGUCAAUGUUUUUCUUUUUAGACUUUUGAGUAUUUUAAUGAAGUUGAUGUACAGUUGUAUCAACGUAAAACCAAACAAAACUUUUAAAAAAAAAUAGAAAAUUUAUUAUAUCUAUAAAAACUAAAAAAAAAAAACGUCAUUAUGUUUUGAAAGUUGUAAUGCCUAGAAAGCUCUGUUGUGAGUAUUUGGUGAAAGUUUCAGCUCUAUACGAUUAUUUCUAACUGAAUUGCAACAAAACAAAAGCGAAAAACAGUUAUUGUGUAUAAAUAGUAUAAAUCCCUAUUAUUUUUAAUUUUAUUUUUAUUGAAUAUACGAGAUGUCAUAUGUAAUGACCUCCUCGAUGUACCGACUAGAUGUAAUUUACUACCAAAAACCAUUCCUGAAGUUGAUCGGAGUGAGAUAUUUGGUAGAAAAAUCGUUUAUAACUCGCAUUAUAAUAAAACCAAUACAGCUCAGAAUCUAAUAAAAUAUUUAAAACUGUGAGAGUGGUCAAACGUCAGUCGACCUAUGUACACAAUUUAAAAGUCCAAAGUUAGUUUUUGUACAUUCAAAUUAUAAAAAAAAUAAAUAGUACUAAUAAUAAGAGCACCUACUCCGGUUUUUCCCCGCUACUUUUGGACACUUAUAGCCGCCCCCUCUUAUCCAAAUUGGUUCAAAUUCGGGAACCAGUAUUGUUAGAGUUGUGUAGACUGAUUAAAGUGAUAACAUUUUGGGUAAUUUUAAUAUGAAUUUCAUCAUAUUGUGGGUAACGGUUCUUGUUUAGCUUUGUACACUUAACAGACUGCCAAAUGAAACCAGGGGCUGCAGUUUUGUACAUGUAUGCUGUAAGUAUCAAUGAUUCGGGGGUUUCAACUUUUAACUCCACUCUUAACUAUUGGUAUGCUUAAACGCCAUGUUUUAACAUGGUAACCUGGGUUUUAAAUACCCUUACAGACUGAAGUAUAACAAAUCACUAGCAACUAUAACUAUUUUAGAUCAAUUAUAAAAUGAAAAAAAGCUGCUGCUGACGGUUGUUUUUUUUCGCAAUAAACGUUUACAUAGACUAAUUUUGGAUUUUUUUUUGUAAAUAACUUAACUGACUUUUGGCCACCACUGUAUUAUGUAUAAAAAUAUAUUUUCGGAACAUUUCGAUGAUGAGCUAGUUAUUGUCGAUGCUUUUUUUUUAAUCAAACAACUGUGUUUAUAAUAUUAAUUAUUUAUAUAUUAUUAUUAUUGUGUGUUACAGUGGCAACGGGAAGCUGGCCAGUUGGUGUUGUAUCGUGGGAUUCGUAGUAAUGAUGUCAUUGGACGUGGGACUCGGUUGACUUUAUUAGGUAUUAACCGUAAUUUUUUUUUCCUAUAUACAUUGACCCAUAUUUUUAUUUUAAAAAACAAGUACGACAUAUACAUAAUAUAGUACUACACAAUAUUUAAUUAAAUAAAUAAAUAACAUUA